AUGCGGAGGAAAUCGAGGAUAUUAUUGUGUUUUGCGGUGCUGUGGGUGCUGGGGAUAGCCUACUACUUCUACUCGGGAACAGCGUUGAGUCGAAAGGUAGGAUUUCCGUUCCUCGACUGCUUUUUUUUGGCCACUCGGUCGGUCGCGGGUCUGUGUGGAUGUUUUCUUCCAGGACAAAGCGAAGAUGGAGCGCCGUGAUUUGACGCUCGCCUGCUUUUCAGGGCUCGGUUUUGCAGUUUUUGAUGCUGUGACGGUCGGGAUAAAAGGCCUGCUAGUAUCAGUGGCCAAGCAUUGAUUUGUUAGAGAUGAGUGUGGACAAGGGCAGUGGGGUAGUCGGGCUGGCCGGUCGGCGUGCGCGGACCUCCCGCUGUGCCGGUGAUUGCCUUCUCGUGGCAGCGGGAGCGGAGCACGUCCACACCGGGCAGCCUGUUAACCACUUCACCGCGGCGGUGCCGGUAAAUGUCAGAGCGGCAUAGAGGUGGGAGCAUGCUGGGGGAUAUUGGUUAAUAUAGGGCUGCUGGCCUGGCUCACAGGGCCGGGGGUGGUGGUGGUGGAGUUGGUGGGUGGGGGGGUGAGCCUAUAGAGCACGUCAGCACAAGUUGUUACUGCUUCGAGAAACGAGCAGAGAUGAGGAAGUGUGCUCUCAAAGAACGAGUUAAAACACCGAUCAAACAUGCUUCUAGGACAGGAUCUCACUGCAGACACUUUUUAUCUGUUAUUUUCCACCGUAGAGACAGCACACACUUCACCUUCACUUCAAGUGUGCCUCCUUUUGUAAGGGGUUUACAUUUUAAUCAUCUAAUCAAGGUCUACUUCUUGUAGAUAUAAUUUUAGUUUACACAAAGGCAUUGACAAAAGACAACCAGAGCAAUAACUGAAAGUCAUUAGUUAACUCAAAUGUACCAUUAUUUUAUAGUAGGCCUACUUAAUGUGAAAUGUUGAGAAUUUGCUUUUUUUUACUGCACCACAAAUGAUUGACUGACAAGUAAUAAAACUGCAGCAUUUUUUAGUUCAAUUUCACCUUUUUUUAUUUGAUGAACCAGCCAGACUGAUUAAUCAGAAAUGACCUGUUGGAUCUAUCAGUAUUGACAAUAGUGACAAUUAGUAACACCUAUCAGCAUUCAGCAACACAAACCGCAGCAUCACAAAUUACCAUAAAGCUGAAUGGACGAUGUGAAAAAGGAUUUCUUACGAGACUUCUAUAUUGGGCUGCAUGAGCCGGUGAGUGUUAUUUGUGUAUGUGGAUGCAGGGAUUCCAUUCAUAAUAUCCCAGGCCUGUACAUGCAGUAGUAUGUCAUGCAUGGAUUUCAAGUCAAAUCUCCUCCAGGUGUAUAGGAAGACAACCCACCAUUGUACAUAUGUCUUUAUUCAGUGUGUGUGUGUGUGUGUGUUUAAGAGACAUAGAGUGAAGGAGAGGAACUGAGCACAGUCACUUUAUUGUGUUGGGAACAUCCAGCUUGGGCAAACUUUGUGUGUGUGUGCCUGCCAAUGCUUGUGUGUAUCCUCCAGCUGUGUGUGUAUGUGUGUCUUAGGUGCACUGCGUGGGUGGUUGUGUGUACUGUACACUGCCUCUAUUACCCCUUAAGACAUGUGUGUAUGUGUGUGUGUGAACACCCUGUGUGUAUUCCACCUGCCUCUUGUCUUGUCCUAUCUGUCUCCCUGUGUUUGCUUUGCUCCAGUCAACCAGAGCAACCCCUUUUACUUUUCCAUUAGGCUGAUAGCUCCCUCUCUCUCUAUGUGUGUGUGUGUGUGUGUUUGUAUUUGCGGUUGUCAGGGGGGGUCAAAGUGGCACUCCGUGAUAAGCAACUUUCUCCUGGUUUGGAUUGCAGGCAGCAUUAAUAUGGAGCCAGGAUGAUGGGCUACACCUGGCUCCUGUCUUUACACAGAGGCAGAUUUAAUCUCAUCAAACAAAGGCGAUGCUGCGUAGGGAAAAUUGCUGUUUUCCACCAUAUCAUCCCCCACUUUGAAAGAGUUGAGGCAUUUAAUAACUCACACCGUCAUGAGAAAAACUUUGUUGCUAUAGAUUUGUGAGUCUUUCACACACACACACACACACACACACAGAGCAAAAGAAACUUUUUUAGAGGCAAGUUUUGUUGCACUAAUUUAGAUUCUCUUUAUGGCUCAGAAGUAAUUGAUUGGUUCAGAUACUUAAAAAUCCUGCUCUCUUUUACUCACACUUUUUGAAACUGUUUAAAAAUAUAUAACUAAAACUGCAAUUGAAACAAUAUCUGGUCACUGAUUCAUCCUUCAAACAUGAUGACAAUUCAGAACUUUGAAUGUAGCUGGUUAUAAAGAUGCUCCUCAGAAUGGUGUGGUUGCAAAGUUCAAUGUCAGGUCUAAAAUCGCACAUUUUGUUUUGAUGUAAGACACAUAUUUGAAAUACAAUCUUAAAUACAGUGUAGUAUUUAGAAGCUUAAACUCUGAGGGUUAAUAGUAUUUUUUUCAAUAAAUAACAAAUUAUGAUAAGUCAAUUGCUAUGGAAAUGUAAAUUCUAUGGGAUUAAUUUUCUUUAAAUCGACUAAUCCCCUCUGUUCUUGUGCCCAUGCCAGUAGCUCCUAUUAAAGCUAUGAAAAGUUCCAGACUGUUUCUUUACCUUUUAGUCCUUUUGUCUUCUCUUGGCAACAGACAGGUUAAAUUGAAAGGCUGGGCGUAGAGAAAGCAACAGUGCUGAGAGGUUUCCAAACAUGCACAAAAGCUUCUCCUUGGUAGUUAUGUGCAAGGUGUGAAUCAUGAGUCUGUUAUUUAGUUUAUUCAGCCGUUAGUCACACUCCAGAUUAGGUGGACUCGCAGGAUGUCUGAUUCACAAGAAAGAAGAAAAUCUCAAAACGUCCAAACACUUCAUUUAAAGGGAAAAAAUAGAGGUGACUUCUCUUCACAAGUUUUAGCAAAUUGCUUGUAUCUAACAUUCCUGGGCACAGAUCUUGAUGUUUCUGUGUCAUUGCUGCUUGUAAGCAGCUGUGUUAAAUUCAGAGUUUUGCAAGCCUGAGCAGGACUUGGUUUAAAACCCACCGCUGAAUAAUCCGAAGUGUCUCUGUUAUGGGAAUUUGUCAAACUUGCUUCUCUGCUCCCAUGAGACAUGGCUGCUCCACUCAGAGAGCUCACCCAGCAGUAUUUCCACUACUGUCACUUCAAUAGGACUCUAUUUGGGAAGGUGUCAUCUUGUUGGAGCCUUUGUUACAAUGUGAAGACUCUCUGAACAUGGUGUCAGUGCUGCUCAGGUAUAAUUAUGUCCUGAGUAUGAAUGAACAUUCAGUUCGUGAUAAAUUACCUGCAACCCUUUUCUCAAAUUCUUUAAUAAUCAAAAGCAAAAUCCCUUGUGUGUUUCUUAUAUUUCUCUUCAUUAUUUUAGAGCUGUGUCACUGGGAGAGUUUGUCUUUUAUCAGUGCACACUCUGAUAGGGAUUGAUGUGGAGACUUUCUCAGCUUUCCUGGCCUGAAUGAUGAGCCUUUACACUGUAAAAUGAGAUGACAUGAGUUGAAAUUGAGGCUUAUGUUCCCUUGGUUUGUGUAGCCUUGUUUUAGUGGUUCUAAACUGUAGUGUGAAUCGCAUCAAUCACUGUCAUCUAUGUAAAUUUAUAGGCCUAACAUUUUCCAUGUUGUAUGAAACCCCUCAUAUCGUCUGCCACUUGGUAUUUUAGUGGUUUUUAAUGAUCCGUGAUAGUCCUGUUGUGUAGUUUAUGGAUCGAAAGUGAGUUUCACUUUCUUUCCUCUGCCAUAAAGACUGACAGGAAACUGUGAGAGAAGCCCAGCAGAGCCACUUUGUACAAACCUGUAUGCGCAUUGUUGUACAUAGAGGGGACAAUGCUGCAGACAUGCUGCCCCUCCAGGAUGCUUCUUUAAAGUUUUUCUUGUUGGACCGGCCUCUGAGAGUUUUUUUAUAGACACAAACAUCCUGCUGUUGAGUCUACUUUCCUGCUAAUCAGCAGAGUGAGAUGGGAACUAAAUGGCAGAUAGAGGAGAGUGGCACUGCACCACGGGAAAAACCAGCAAUAAUGCAGACUACUUAACUUAAGUUGCUGGCUACAAUUGGAUUAAUCACAAGCGCAAAUGAUAUGUUAUCCAUAAAUAAACAUGUCUCAAAUAUCUCUUUAAACAACGUGUACAUCAGUCCAUGUUUGACUUAAUACAAGCCCAAAUAAUAACACUCAUAUAUGCCUAAAUAAACAGUUGGUCUAGAGAGACGAGUGGAGCAGAAUGUGCAUGAACAAAUCACAGACACAUGGCGCACACAGUCCAGCCAUAUUAGCUCACACAAACACAUUGUCCUCUGUUGAAAUGAAGCUCAGCUCUCACCCAAAGGUGGAUCACUGCAACUAUUUCUCAGUGUGUUGUGAUUUUAGCCAGGGGAUUGGAUUAGCUUGUAGUUGGUGGCAGAGGAUUCAAGUGCUUUUCUUCCAGGAAACUGUGGAGAGAGAAGCACAUAUAAAUUGGCUCAGCAGCAGGGAUCCCGGGAGCUUUUAAGGCCGACUGUGGAAGAAAUCUUGUGGGAAGGCUCCGUCCGCCGUUAUCUGCAGCUGAAGGCGUUCAGAUUUAGCCUGCCUGUGCAUGCCUUUAACAUUGGCUUUAUCAAUGCAUCUGUCUAUCGUAGCAGACAGCAGGGUUUCACUGGCACUGUUCUGCAGAAAAUAAUUGAGUCAGUUGUCCGCCAAUCUCAAUGACAGUGAAGGUGAUGAAUUUGCAUUAUUGAUGCCCGUUAUAAUGCCUGUCAUUUGGUGGAUCGCCUGCGGAAUGGGGAAGAUUAUUGCCUUUGCUCCACAUAGUUUCUUCCAUUGCCUAUUGUGGUAAGACACGUUCAAUUCCAGCAGCGUAUCUGUAAUCUUAAAGGUCUCUUCUAUACUGUUUACGCAGGCUUUUUGCACACACACACAUCGUUUUAACUUGUUAGCCCAGUCACACGCUAGUACUCCUUCUGUUGUAUAACCACAGCCGUCAUAGCAGCUCACACACCUGUGGCUUCAAAACCUCUUGGGGCCACAGCAGCUUGAUUUGUUUAUUGCAAGAAAACAGUGUAAUUCAACCAGAAAGCACAUCCAUUAUUUCUAACUAACUGAAUGUACUUCCAUAGAGCAGACACUCAAUCAAUAAAAGGCUUGAAUUAAGCUGUGGGCACCCAGUCCUUCUCAAAUAUACAGUUUUUAUUUGAUGUAUUGAUUAUGUGUGUGUUUCUUUUAAGUAAUGAUCAUUUCUGACAGAUGCCGGCAUGUUUUAGAGGGUAAACAGAGACACAAAGCAGCCCCAGUUGUGUCGCUGUUGUUUUUAAAGGAAUUAUUCUGUUAGGGGAUGGUGAAAUGAAAACAGUCUUUGAACCAAAAACCUGCGUCAUGGUCACAUUAGAGUUACACAACUUCUUUGCUUGGAGUCCCAGGAGACAUAUGUUGUUAUUUUGUUAAAGGAGCUUCACUGUUGUGUGUUGGUGUGUGUUAAUGUGUGUCCCUGUCAGAGUGUGGGGGAGGGGAUGCCUUGCUCAAGUGAAAUAUGACAGUAGACUGCUCACAGGAGGGGAGAAGUUGUUAGGUUUCUUCUGCCCCCCUCCAGAAUUAUCUCUUUGAGGCCUGGAAUCAACAAUUAGCUAAAUCCCACCCCCAAACAGAGACUGUCCAAUCAUAGCCUAGCAACCGUAACGAGGCACAGCAGUGUGGCAAGCUUUUGAAUGUAACACAUUAUGAAGGGUUGGCCUGUUUUAGGAUGAAGUAUGUGCAAUGCUCUGCAUUUUAAAGAAUGAGGAGGGUUGUUUUUUUCUUGAUUUUUCUUUGUUAGCCUUUUCAAAACAAGCACAAGGAAAAAUGAGAUGGAGGGGCAUGAGAAAUGUUUUUUUCCCAUUUAAUUGACAACAUAAUUGUGAGCUUAUUUUUUAUAACUAGCUGCCAUUGUGCAAGAUCACCCUGAACAUGAGUUAGCUUAAAGUGUUAGUUGUGUGACGGCCUCCUGCCUCCAGGGCCUGCUAGUGUUUUGCGUGUCUUCCCCUUUUUGGUGUCUUGUCUUUCCUGCAGGUUAGGAGGCGGGGUUUGCCACACUUUGGUGGACGUGGCCAGUCCACCAGGUGUUUAUAAGCUGGCCACCAGUGUUUCUCCUCGGGGGCCGCUGCUGUUUGGCUGCUGCUCAGCUCUGUCCUGAGACUCCUCGACUCCUCGUUGCACUAUGGUUUAGUUAGUUAAAUCCUGUUAGUUUGUCAUUAAUUUGAGUUGUUAUUAACCCUUUAAAUCACCUUUUGUAAUAAAAUCAUUCAUUAUUUUAGUUAAAACUGUAAGACUCCUCGUUUGUUGCCAUGGCUCUGAGCCGGGUCAUGACAGUUGACACAGAUCAAAGUGAAUCAGUUCACAUUUAUGGUUCAGUUUUUAAAGGCUGGCCUUAUCAGCACUGCUACACGAUCUGAAUUUCUAGGAGAAUUGAAGCAGUAGUCGUUCUAAAUCCAUGCUGGUUGCCGUCAUACUGACAGCAGCUCUGGAUAAGUCUUAAUGCAAUGUGAGCUGUUGAUUACCGUCUCCAGAGUGAGAUAUCUUCACGUUACCGUUCCUUCCAAAUUGAGCCAUUCAAAUCACCGUUCAGCACAGUAUGAGGGGAGUUGGAUGCACGGCGCUCCUAAUGGCUGUCAUUUUGCCGCAGUGGAGCAUUUUAUUCUACAUUAUUAUGUUGGGUUUUAGAUCUUUUUUCAAAGGCAGCCCUGAUAAAAAACAGCCUAUGAAUUUUAUGUUGUCCUAAAUGCUAAAUCAGAGCGUUGCCAAUAUUACCUGCUUGCAAAUUUCCCCUCCAUAAGAUCAAUAAAGGUUUAUCUUAAACUAAACAGGCAAACACGGUUAUAGAGCUAAAAACAGGCUGAGCUCAGGGUUAAAGCUUUUCCUGAUUUCACUGACUCAGCUGUCCAACAAGCACUAGACAGCGUCAGAGUGCAUCACAAGAUCAGUACUGUUUCUUUAUGUUCAGGCCUGGUGAAGACUGAAUUCCAGGGACAGCCUCUCACUGAUAAAGCCAUCAGGUGCACAUUUAGACCCCUUUUAAAGGAGUCUUGUGCAGAGCAAGUCAGCUGGAAACAUGAAAAAGUCAGCCAAAGACUGGGGUUUCAGCCAGGUCUCGGAGCUGACAUUAGCUCUAUUAACCUGCACAGUGCUGCUGAUAGAUUCUGUGACAGUCUCACAAUUGUGUGAUGGCUGUAUAUGCCAUUAAAGAAUGAAGCUUAACAAACAAUAGAGACUAAGGAGACGGGAUUAAGCAAAUGGCAAGAUUAAGCACUUACUGUGAUUCAGCAGUAAAAGAGAACAAAGAUGGGGUUUUCUGGUGGAAGGAUGAGGAAUGAAGGAUGAGAAAAAAGGGGAAAUGGGUAGAAAAAUGUGACUGGGUCUAAAAAACGAAGGUUGUGCCAGGUUUGUUUCUGCUAAUCAGAUGGAUCUGGUUUUGAUCUUACAGCACUGAGUGAUAUAAAAAUGUUUCACAGAGGAAAACCAUUUAGUGAAUAGCUCUGCAAAGGUGGGCGUUUAGGGGACUAGUUUAUGUAUGUCAUAUUCAUCCAUCAUCUUCUAGCAGAUAGCUUCACUUUGGCUUAAAAACUCCAGCUUUUAUUGUACAGGAUGUAUUCUUCCUUUGUGUCCUCCCUCUGGAUCACUGGUAGGUUCCUGGUGGUUAAACAAAACAGCAUGUUGCAUCCGUGAGUGUGCUCCAAACUGGAUUAUUUUCCUCUUGCCUUGAUUUCUUCCCUGGCAGACGACUGAGCGUUCAUGGAAAAGUUGAAAGAGAUGAGGGUAUCUAUUGUUCAUGAGACCAGCGCUGAGGCGAGAGCUUUUCAAAGAUCUGUUUUUUAUUCAGACAGCAGGAGAAAACAGAGCAAACCUCUUUUAUUCAAUUUGUCACUCAGAGGCAAACUGUUGUAGCUGUGUGACAACAUUGAUGUCUCAAGAAACCCACAAGGAAGCAGAGAACGGUCGGGUCAGCUCAAACCUGUGCUCCUGUUAUCACGUUAAACUAUUCAAAUAGACCUGAUAUGGAGUGCAGGUGGCCGUGAUGUUUUGCCUAUGUGCUGUUUGUGGAGAGGUUUCUCAAACCACAGAAUAAAUCACGAGAAUUAUACACGUCUAGUCGCAAAAACCAUCCAUAAAAUUGAAUUGGUGCACUUCCUGUCACUGCUACUGGACUGGCUGAUGUUUUAAUUGAAAUGAUGGAGUCUGUUUUGUGUGACUGGAGUUUUUGAAAGGAUGGGUUUAAUGUUUGAGAAUAAUUAUUAGAAGAUUAUACAAAAUGGACUCGCUAAUGCAGCCGGUUUGCUCUUUUUCUUGGCUUUGAGCUGCGAUUGAAAACCAGCUGAAAUGGAUUUAUAAUUUGGAUAUUUUAGUCUUUGUCCACCUGGAAGAAUAGAAUGCCACAUUACCAUGGAGGUGUCGGACUAAAAUAAAAGGCUAAAAAAUUGAUGUCUGACUUGCCAUGCAGAGGUGGUAUUUACUGUUUGUGAUCUGGGGCUGAAAUGACCUCAUCUUUAUAUCUUUACUGUGUAUAAAUAUAAAGUCUGAGUCAAAUAGAAAACGGUCUUUAUUGUUUGUGUCAGAAUAUUUUGGCUGCCUUUUUUAACGGUUUCCAAAUCUGACUUUGGAUUUCCCAUCUGCAUCGCUCGAAGCUGUUUGCCUCUGCAGACUUUCAGGAUGAAUUUCACGCAGAGUGGAUUGAGGUACACAAAAAUUGUCAUCCUCCCUCUCCGCCCUCCCACUCCAUUCCCAAACAUUCAUGUGGAUCUGUCCCAUUUGGGUCACAGAAUCCUGGUGUUAAGACUGAGCACCAGUUUCAACCUUGAUGAGAUAAAGACCUAUUUAUUUUUGCUCUCUUUCAAAAAUACUUCAUUCUUGUUUACAACAAUAUUCAGCGAAUAAAAACCACGGUAAUCAUCCGAAGCCAUUCACUGACUGGGCGACUAAACCACAGAGAAAAAUCUGCUCUUUAAUCCAAACCAGUCUAAUUUUUCUUGUCAAUUUUAACCGUCUUAUAGAGGUUUUAAGUACCAUCUCACCACAAUAUUUAUCACAGAUACCCCCCAUAAUUCACUCGCUUUGAAACAUUACAGGCAGAGAGGAUAUACAAGCAUUUGUGUCUCUCCAGGUCUCUCUUUAUGUGUUGAAACUCUGCAGCUGGAAGAAGUUAUUUUUUAAAGAAUUGUCCAAAUAUUGUGCGGCCAUCUGCCAAAGAGGUGGUGGGUAGAAAGAUUCUUCAACUGUGGCCUGGUGGGAGGUGUUAAUGUCUCACCCUGCAUUACAUCAUGUUUUUUUUUUUUAUAAUGAAACAGGGUUUGCUUUCAGAUGCUUAGUAAAAAUGUCAUCAUGUUAGGAAAUUACACCAAAAACACUUUCAUUUACUACCACACUCACACUCGCCUCAGAACAAAUCCAGCUAUGAGAGCACCACUUUGUCUCUCAGAUGUUUUACUGAUUAAUGCUCAGGCUUUAAUUGGGCUUUUUGUGAUUUUAUUGUCUCAUUACUUUUCAUCCUGGUUCAACUGUGCAGAGAGACCACUCUGCCUCUCAAUGUUUGCUGAAGAUUGAAUUUCAAGCCACACAAACCUGAUGAAGUGUUUUCUGCAUCGAUGAUAGCGCAGGACAUAAGGUUUCAGGGUCGUUCUUAUAUCUGUUUGUAUGUUUCUUUAUCUUAUCCAUUCUUGUACACAUAAUUACAUUGAGGUUAUCGAGGUGUGGUAUCACAGUGUGUAUGUGCAUGACUAAAUGUGUGUAUGUGGAGCUUCCAAUGUGUUUCAGCAAGCAGUCAGUAUCUUUACAUGUUGUCUGGUAAAUCUAAUUGUUGAGUUGAUCCGACUGAAACUAGACUUUUAACAUACAGAUUAACCAUAACUGGACUUCCAUGCUAGAUGUUGCAGUUGAGGGUCGGGUUUCUCUUGUAUGUAUACACACCAUCAGACUGAAACUGGCCAGAGCGCUCUGCACUCGUCCCAAAGUUCGCACCCCUGGCUUUGACCCAGAGGUUGAAUAACAUUUAAUCAUAGAAAUGAAAGGAAGCCUGGUAGUUUCUAGGUAGUCAAUAAUAGUAAAUAAACACCAUAAUGGAAUAUGAAACGACAUGGAAAAAAAGGGGACAAGGAUGUCAUAAUCAUAUAAAUUGACGAUCAAUCAUUGAUUUGAUUGUUUUUUUUUAUGUGAAUGACAGGAAAUACACAAAAAAUCGUGUGUAUCCUCAUUGAAAUACAUCCCUCCUGAUCAGCAGAGGUUGAUCUUUGCUGGAAACCAGCACGCUGUCAGCCCUUUUUUAAUAACCUUAGAUGGAUCAGAAUUUUGCGUGAUCGACCUAAUUCUUAACGAUCAAUUAACCGAUCAUUAAUAAUCAUGCCCAUUCCUAGUGUCAUCAGCUCUCUAUCUCUGUUUAUUCUGAAAACAUUUUGUCAUCCAUAACUUGAUAAUUAAUUCAUCAAUUAUGACAAAAAAAAUGUAAUGAAGAGGUGCCUCUUCCAGCUGCUGUGGUGCUUCAUCUUUCUUUCAAUGGACUAUGAUUUGACCCCUCCUUGUGAGUGUUAGCUUAUUUUCAAUUAACAACUACAGUGUCAUUCCAUGGGUAACAACAAUAGGUUGAAACUGCAAUAGUGGAGAUAUUAAAGUGGUUAUUCCACUCUUAUUCUGUGGUGGCAUAAAUAUUAGACCUCUGGCUCUGGUAUCAGCAUUUGAAAACAGAUGAGUAAGGCUCUAUUUUUCUCCAAUGCUCUGAUUGUCAGUGACUGCAUAGGUGUAAAAACAUGACUGACAGGAGCCUCCAGAGAGUAACAAGUAAAGCAGUAAUGGAAAGACAUAUGUUUUGUGUGAGUGCAAACCACAGCUUUCCUCCAGAUAAACAGCUGUCACCAUCACUGCUGCUGAUAGAUUCUCAGGGUCUGCUCUCUGGAGGGUCUGGACUGUGGGAGAUGUGAGAAGUAAGUGACUUCAGGUGAUGUGGAAACACAGGCUGAUGUUAAAUUGGGACAACGAAAGACAACGCAUUGAAAACGUGUAAUUGUGAUGUGUUUUAAAAAUGACUGAUGUGUUGGUUUGGCUGGAAAAGACUGAGUGCAACAUGUACCGUAUUUGAGUUGGAUAAACUUUAUGACUCUCCCCUCCUGCGCUGCUUCUCAUGACCCCACAUGCUGCCUUAGCACUCGAGAUGAACACCCAUAAAAUAUAGUCCAAAGUCCACAGUAAAGUUUGUGGUGCUAUUGGAAAUACUGUAAAGAAGAGGAAGCUUGUAAAGGGUCUUUACAGUUUGUUGAAAUGAGUUUCAGGAAGCUGAGCUGCUGACUCAGCUCUACUGACUUCUGCUUUAACAAAGUGGAAGGAUCAGAGUAAAAACCAGACUUAAAGAUGUUUCUUUAAAACUUCUCGAGGCACUAACUUCUUUUUAAAGUCAAGUUUGUAUCUCGAACCUGAAAAAUCGCUUUAGUCUGUCAGCGUUUCAGAUGAUAGUGUAUGAAGACUAAAGUCACAGUGAAUGAAUCUGGCUGAAACUCAUCCUGAGUGAAUGUGUGUACAUGUGUCACCUUGCCCACACACUCCUCUGGGCUGGUCUCUCCUCUCGGGGACACGUCAGCAGACUCAAGACUUUUGCGUCUCAAGCUAUUCUGAGUUUAUUUACCAACCUAUUACACAAUUUCACACAGCAUUAACCUUUUCCCGCUCCUUCCUUGAAGUUAAAUUUGCUGUGUCUGUGCUGGAUGGCUCAAAAAAGCUCUGAGGAGGUAGCCUGAAUGCAGCUCGAAAAGGAGUCAUCUUACAGAGUGGUUGAAAUUCAGAGGGGGAAAAGCCUGAAAAUCCAUCAUUCCCCAAAAAAGACUCUUGAGACUGCAAAGCUACAGUGGUAUUUGAAACAGACUGCUACUGUAUGGCAUGCUUCCCCUGUGACAGAAGGAGAGGUAUGCCUUACAGGAUGGUGGUUCUGUAAAAACAGACGGGUGCAUUUAUGCUUUGAGCGUUAUUAUAAAGUACGCCUCUGUUUGAACAUAAACCUUCAAUUUAAACAGAAACUGAACCCCACAUUUCUAUCAGCUGAGGCUUAUGUGUAACGUGUCUCCUCAGUGUCAGUCUGGUUCUGCUGUUUCAGGACUCCUCAGCCUGUGCCAGUCCUAAUUGUAUGAGUUCAUGUACGAUGAUUUAUGGGAGGAAAGUCUGUGUUUCUCAGAAUAAGCUGCAGCACCCAUCAGUUCCAGUCAAGGGGACCAGUGCUGCCAGAAACAGAUUUAAGGCUUAUUUCCUGCUGUAGUGGCAUUAUUUAGGAAAACAGACUUGUGCUUAUAGGCCAGCUGUACAAUAAUGAAUUGCCCAUUCAGUAAUCCCUCAUCACCACAAGAAUGUGUAUGAAUGCUGUGCGAUUGUCUGAUUCUGCUCGUGUAUCGAACUAAAUUGCUACAGUAGAAACUAAGAACUAUUUCACCAUCUUUGGAUGUGCUUCUUUAAUUUCAUGGAGUUACCAUGUGAUAUUCAAGAGGAAGUUUGUUCACAGUCACACAUCAACUGAAAUAAUUGCAAAACUGUGUGUGAGCUGCUCCUGCCUAAAUGAGAGUUUAGGCUCAUGUUGGGCCAGUUGUCUGGGCCAGUUGUUGGCAUUUUAUUUUAAGGAUGGCCAAUAAAGUUUGAUCAAUAAUCGUCACCUAAUGUCCUGCUCAUAAUACUAUCUAAUUGGCUAUUUAUCAUGUGAUGGUACUACACAAGUGCACUGUUGGUCUCACUGGUAAACUGUCAACUCCGGUGUAUGAGGUUGUAAGUCUCAGUUUUAAUUAAAUAUUUGCUUAAGGUGUUUUUGAGGCGGUUUCUGUUAAUGUUGAUUUUGGCACCCUCUGUGGAAUGAUGUCCUGGCUGAUAUCAUUAUGGUGAUGGUGUUUGAACGUGGUUAAAAGCACCCAAAAUUACUACAUAGAAACACUAAUUCUUGUUGAUGGUCGUCUGAUUUGCUUUUCUGAAUCAUGGAGACAUUAAUAUUGGUUUCAGUCUGUGUCAUUGACAUCUGAAAACUCAUCGCAGUGGCUUUAAACAAAGUUUUGUUUUAGAUUAUGAUAUUACAAAUUCAUAUUUUUGACAGAAAGUUCCUCAUUUUUAAAGUCAGUACAAAUGCAAAUAUAGUUAUAGAUAUUAUCUCCAAAAACAAAGACCUGUCGACUCCUGAUCUGAAGUAGUGUAGUUAGUAGUUCUAUUGUACCUAAAAGAAAUUACAUAAUAGACCAAUUAAUUGGUCAGGCCAAUCAAUCAAGCCGAUUUAUGGCAUUUUGAGAUAAUUGGCAUCAGCUGAUAUCAAGGCUCAAAACCCUGAUCAAAAAAAUGAAUGAAUUAUGUCUACAGGCACUGCAGGCAGGCUCCUCAUUCAACAACUCAGGGAUAGACAAGACGGCAGAUCAAAUUUAACUGUUAAUGACAGGUGUUUGUUAUUCUACUGCUAAAAAUUAAAGUGGAAUGUUAAUAAGAGUUGAGAAAAAGCCCAAAUUACAGUUUUUCAGUCAGUCUUACAGCCACUGGACGGACUGGCUUUAUAAUGUAGGCAAGUUUGAUGCUUUUUUCCAUGUCAGCCAUGACCUAUUAACAUGAAACACUUGCUGCUUUAAUUGUAUUUAAUUUAAUUGUAUUGGUUAUAACAAGAUUCUUAUUCACAUAUAAGGCAACUGUAAAAUUCAUAAGCAUGGCUAACUUGUAAUUUGUAAUUAAAUACAACUCUAAUUUACCCUCCAAGUUCUGGAUAGUGUAACGGCAACAGUUAUCUUUUAGUGAACAAAACAAGAUCGUUUUUCUGCCAAAAUUGAGCUUUUGUUUCUUCUCAGCCUAAAAUUCAAUGAUUCAGAUAUUUUACAACACUCAAAGCUGCAAUUCUACAACAGUGUGAGAGAGAUGCAUGAUAAAUAAAGGGUUUAAGUUAUUCAAAGGGAAUAAACGAAGUAAGUUUUAAUUCUUACUAAGUGUGUGUGUGUGUGUGUGUGUGCAUAUUUGUGUGUUGCUUGUUUAGCAGAGCUUGCCCCCCUGACUCCUUAGGUUAUAUUUCAGCGUGCAAUGAUAAACUCUUCCGUUUCUCUCCAGCAGACCAUAUGGUAAUGCACUCACUUUACUCUGUGGUCUCUCUCCCCCCUUGGUUAUUUGCUGUCUUUGCUUUUUUGUCUUACAUAAAUAUACUUUCUCUGCACUUAUGCAUGCCUGCCUCCUCAUCGCAGUUUUCUUCUUUUUCAUUAUUUAGUUUGUUUGCUCUCCUGAAAUAAAACAGAACUCAGUCAGUCAUCCAAAGGGAAAAAUCAUCAAAACACCGUCGUAAUGUACCUACCACCUGAAGCAGGCUUGUGACCCACUUCAGGCCCUUUUCCACAGCUUUACAAACCACCUACAUACGGGGAGUAACAGAAUAUCCUGCGCUUUGGGCCAGCAGGCCUCCUGCCAUGUUUUCUGUGUGAGUCUGUGCGUUUCUGCCUUAAAAGGUAGCUUUAAUUUAUCUGUGCUCUCAGCACGGUGGGGGUGGAACAGAUGUGAUUGUGUCAGACCCCAUCAAGACGGGCUAAGAAUAGCUAGAAUAAUCUAACACCUUAGCUUGUUUAAAAUGGGUUUCUUCACACCUUUCAUGCUUCAUGUUAUGGUACCGUGGAGUGGAGCGUCAUGUUGGGGAGGGGAUGAUGUGUGCUUACAGCUUACAGACACUGGGAGUAUCAGCUGAGGAUAGAAAUAGAGAAGUCCUUGUUAGAUAUAGUUAGGCUAGAUGUUUAUGUCUCCUUUCCUUACUGCGCUCAGCCUCUUCGUCCAGCUGCCAUUCAUUAACAACAUGGCAGCUUCAGACCAUGUGAUGUCUUUACUGGUCAGAGAUCACUCUCCUCACAGCCUGUGAAUGAUUGAUCAAGUAGAUUUGAACUCCAGCAGCACAAUGAUCCCUAGCAGUAAACAGGGAGGAGCACGGAUCUAUCAUGUCAGCUGUUUUAAUUAAUGUGUGUAAAGUACCCAGCUAAACGAGUUGUACUAUUUAAACUAUAGUAGCAGGAGUAAUCUGGAUUAAACAACAGAUCAUCUGUAUCAUGGGUAGACUGGUGGAUUUCUUAUUUCUGCUGUUGGCAAACUACUGAGCUCUCAUCUCAUAGUUUCUUCAUCAGGAGCAAAAGAACAUCUGAAUGGACUUCUGAAGUUAUCAUUCAGAAGUUUGAAGAUUGUCCUCCUGAUCAAAGGUUUGUUCUCUCUGUCUGAGCACCAUUUGUAGUUCGACUCCAAGAAACUUUCUUCCUGUCAAGUCGCAGUUUCAAAUCCUUUUUUCAAAGCUUCAGUCAGUCAAAAUCGAUUCAUCCUCCACACGAGCAAAGGUAUAAAAACAGUGAGCCAACAAGGGAAAUAAACCACAAACCUGCAGCUCAAAAGACACAUCCAUAAAACACACAGGUCACAGGAGCAUGCUAGGAUGUGUUGGGGUGAAGAGAAAACCUCUUUUAAAUAUUUAAUGUGUUCAUCUGCUGAAUUAGUGUACGCUGUAGUGACAGCAGCCACAGCAAUGCGUCUUGCCUCUAAGGUCAUGUCCAGAAAGUAGGAGUUUUAACAGUCAAAACCACUGUUGAGGUUGUGUAGCAUUGUGAGUAAGAAAAUAAAGUUCUGAAAAAAAAAACAAGAUUUACCCACAACAGAAUGCUUUAGUAUUAAUAAAAUAAUAUAUUAUCAUUGUAGAUAAAAAACAAAGUAGUUACAGUUGUAGUUGAGGACAAUAUAUGAACAAUAAGGUCAAUUAUUACGGUAAACAACUGAGUGAGAUCCAAUACUUUCAUAAUGGUUAAAGGCUACAGACACGUGUCUAACAAAGCCAAUGGGCAAGAGAAAUCCAAAUGAUAGUAAUGAGUUUUCAGAAGAGAUUUACAGGAGGACACUGAGUUUGCCUGUUUGACAUCCUCCACAGCUGUGGAGCACGAACUACAAAUGCUCAGUCACCUCUUGUGACCGGCGGAGAUUUAGGAGGGCCUUGAUAGAAGACCUCAGGCUGCUCAUGAGGAGAUAGCAGUUCACAGAUAUAGGGUGGAGCCAUUUAAGGCUUUAAAAAUAAGCAGUAAAAUCUUAAGAUCAGCUCUAAAACUCACAGGGAGCCAGUGAAUGAAAGCAAGGACUUGGAUUGUAGUCUUUGUAUGUUGUGGUUACUUAUGCCAGAAUGAAGUGCAUGACACAGAAAUAAAUGCACAAAUGACUUUCCUUAAGUCAGGAGGAGAAAGAAAAGAGCUGAUUUCAGUCAUCUGUCAAUCAGAGGUGCCAGGUUUUAAUGGGACAUGCAGCUGAGUGUCAUCUGCAUUGCAGUGGAAGUCCAAACCAUGUUUACAAAGGAUCUGCCAGGGGAACUCCAAAUGAGAGAGAGGCACAGCACACGAGGAGGAAGCAUUUCCAAGCACUACAAAAAAAGACCGGUUCCAGAGUAUUUCAGAUGCUACUUGUCUGCAACAAAGGCUGAAUUAGGUCAGAGGCCAGAGUCGGCUACAAGCGUUGUAUGUAUCAGUGGUGGCAACGCACCUCCUCAUAUAGUUUCAUAUGAUUUCACGUGAACUCACUGGAGGCAGAUGCAAACAAAACAAGACACUGUCUAUAAUCUGCUGCAAGGCUUUACACUGAGAGGAAAUAAAGAGACGAAAAAUGCCAAACAGUUCUCCAUUGCUCUUAUCUCUCUGUUACAUAGAGAUACUGCACUAAAGCUCUGCUGUUACACUGCCUUUGUACUUAGAAGUACUAGACACCCCCUCAUAUUUCUGUUCUAGCACGUGAAUUUCUGUGAUCUUAUGUUGCAGGAGCAAAAAAAGGCAUAUUGCGUGACAGCUGUUUCUGUUAAAUACAGGGCUGUUCUGUCCAGGACCCCGUUACUCUUCCAUUACUACCUUGUGCCAGAUGGACAACUCUGCCCCACUGUCACAUCUCUGUACCUUUCACACAGGCGGUGAGGCGCAGCAUCACACUGUGUAAGAUGGAGGACAGGAGUCGGGGCUUGGUCUCUGUGGCCUGUGUAUUGGUAAAAUCUGUGGUAGAGUGUUGUCUGUUUGGUUUCCAGCAGCCCCCUUUAUUAUCUUUUGGGGCUAAAAUAUUAAGAGGUUCCUUGGAAACAGCAUCAGAUGCUCCUUUUCUCUCUUUGUAAUUGUGUAAUGUCUGACCUGAUGAAUUCUCUCAGACUUUAAAUCCUGAAAACCAAACUCAUUUGAAUGAGAACUGGACUGCCUCUUUGACUAUGUGAGCCACUCAGGAGGUAAAAGAUAAGAGCUUUGAAGCCCCCACAUCUCAAGAAAAUCUGGUUUGGAUGUCCAAACAGACAAUUUCUGCUGAUUGUCUGAAGAGCAGAAUCUCUGAGCCCAGAACUUCAAUAGCCGGAGGCUGGAGCUUAAAAAAGCUGGUAUGUCAUGAUGAACAAGCUGAUCUUCCUUUUUUCAAGUAAAUUGCUCUUUUUAUUUGCUGUGACAGAUUGUGGCGUUAGCUCAGUAAUGUCGGAUUGAUUUCUGGGUGACUUUCCAGCUCAAACUUUUUGUUGAUAUAAAGGGGAAAAAAGCAUGAAUGAGAAAUCAUGCACCAAAGAAAUAAAGUGUUAACAAACCCAUGUGCAACAAAAGCCACUUGAACCCAUUGUUGAAUUUUUGGGGCUAUGUCACAUAUAACAUAAUGAGAAGGACUCUUUCAGUAGCCUUUCAAAUGGUGACAACACACCCAAAAGUGCUCCCACACAGUCAGACAGACAGUCAGUCAAUCAGACAGUCAGAGGAUAUAUGAUAAAAACAGCUUGACUGAAGUCUGUAAUAUAUCACCGCCUGGUUAGUGAAACUUGAGGUCAUAACUCAAAAUGAGAUGUAUUCUUUUCCCCUGGGAGAGCAGCCUGAUGAGAGUAGCAAUUUGUUUCAAAGAGCCUGUAUCCCAUUACAGAGGAAAUUCUCCUUUGUGUGCCAGAAACGUAACAGAGCCGCAGUUAGUGUGUAAUUAUUCUUUGUUAAAAGUCUCACAUCUGUUUUCCCUCUGUAGUUCAGCCCACUGAACAUGCUUGUGAAUUUUAAGAUUAUACAAUACGCUGUUCUGUUCGUGGCUUGUUUACGACCUAAAUCCUGAGUGUGUGUGUGUGUGUUUGUGUGUGUUUGUUUUCUCAGUGUCCUAGCAUACACUCAGACAACCACAGACAUGCAUGACUCAUGAGGAUCCAACGAGACCAGAUGAAAAAUGCACAGAAAGUUCCUGGGCCACUUGAUGCAUUAAAAAAAAAGAAACUGGUACUGAUGAGUUAAAAAUAUGUGAGAUGUGAGAUCCUCUUUGGAGCCAUAGCUUUGCAGAUGUUAAAGGGACAGUCUGUCAAACAUUACUUAAAAUGAAGGAUCGGUUAACUUCUCACUGUUGGCCUGGGAAAAUGGUUUUGACAAGUUUUCUGGCACCGGGGGUGUGAUGAUGUCAUGGUAAUGUCAUCUGAGAUCCAAUCAUGACAGAUAUGUAGCAGAGAGCUGAAGAUAAAGCAACAAACUGCGGGUGUGUGUCUCUAAAGAGUUGGAAGAAAGAUGUAGUAGUUGAAGGAUCUGGUAUUUUUGUCGCUGUGACACACAAAUCUUGGCCCCUUUAGUUCGGAGUUAAACCACUUCCUUUUUGAAUUCUCUCUCCCAUUUGUAAGGAAUGGACAGAUCCAAGUUUUAAGUCCUGAUCUGAAACCAAUUCCCAGGCUUAGUGGAUCACUGAUACUGAGUACAGUAGUUUAAGUACUUAAACAAGCUGCAGAAUCCCUUUUUUUCAAAAACUUGCAGUAGUUGCUUGUCUCAGAAAAUAACUGUAAGAAUUUUCUGCCAACUAUUUCAAACUAUCCCUGUGGAGUUUUAUUUGUUUCUGCAACUGUGAAAGUUUACUCCUUUGUUUGUUAGCUUUGCGGUUUGAACUUUUUUUUCAUUGGCAGAAUGCUUGGUAAAGUGAGCUGUACUGUGUUUAUGCUAUUUCACCACCACCCCCCCAAAACAAUAACUUUCCAGAUAAAGCACAUAGUUGUAGAAGUUGCUGGAAUAACAAUCGUCAGAUACAUCCAGACUGCUAGUUAUUACAUGUUAAUAUUAGAUGAAGAAACAGCUAACUGUAAUGGAUGAAAAAAAAAAAAAGAUUUGUAUCUACUGCUUUAGGUUGCUUGUUGGCAACACUUAUUCAUUUUUGACACAGGUGUUGCUCUAAGUUACUGUCACUUUAAGGAAGCACUCAGUCGUGUAUUCCUGACAGAGAUUAUUAUCAAAAGCAUUGAAGAGGCCUGACAGGCUUGGGGUCACCUGUUUUUGCUUUACUUUGCCCUUGUCCAGUUUUCCAGCACCAUCUUGUAGAUGUCUUCUCCAUGAUACUGUUGGAAUAAAAGUUGUUUGCGUUUCAUACUUUGCAACAAGCUUGAAUUUAAUGAUUGCAUUGGAUACAGUAGGGAGUAGCGUGAUACAAUAUUGAUAUCGCAUAUUGGUCCGAUAUCAGCCAAAAACAAAUAUCAGAUUAUAUCGGCCUGCAUCGAAAGCACUCCGAUUCAAGCAGUCAAUUCCAGACUCCACCCCGGCACCUCUAGCUAGCAGCGCCCUGAUCCAGCAUGCAGAGCCCACGUGAUCACAACAACAGUGUGUACUAAGGCAGUAGUUCUCAACUGGUCUCACUCUGGGACCCACAUUUUCCCAUGGUCCUUAUGUUGUGACCCACUUUUAUAGGAUUCAAAUCAAGCAAAUUUAUUUAAGUUUGUGCCAAUAUCAGAUCAAUAUCGGUAUCAGCUGAUACUGAAGUCUACAAUAUCAGUAUCGUAUCGGAAGUAAAAAAGUUGUAUCGGGACACCCCUAGCAGGGAGACACUUGUAUGCCAGCAAGCUAGUCUGCAAUUUUGUCAGUUACACCCAACUUAGCUCUUUGAGUCAGUAUCUGAUAACUGGAUCUGAGAAUCCCCAGUAUUAGCCCUCUAUAUUGAUCAAGUACCUCAACCCUUUUUAAACACUUGAUUUCUCAGGACCUCAAACAACAGGUUCCACUCAUGAAACCUUUCACAUCAGUUAAUGUUUAAGGUACAGACAUGGUAUUUUGCCCUGUUGAUGUCAUCUGAGGCUCAAUCUAUAGCAUGCUGUAAUGUUUAUGUGUAUAGGCUGAUUAAGGGAAGUUAUUGGUACCAGGCCAAAGACUCUGGUUUAUGUUUGAACAGGGGUGUCAACUUCCAUUAAUGCCUAACAGUUGGAGUGGAGUCAGCUCUUGCUCGUGUGCUUCAGGUUAUCACAGAUUUGUCUGCAAAACAAGGAGCAGUACUGCAUAUAGACCGUUUUUUUUUUUCAUUGACAUGUAUGUUUGUAUUAUGUGUAAUGUUUAAUCUACACACGAGAGGUAUGCCGCACACACAUGUAUAUGACAUGAUAGGCAGCUGACUGUAGAAAUCUUGGCUUUGGUUCAGCCUAAACACACACUGAGAAACAUACACACACAUGACCCACCUCCACCGCUACAGCUGCUCACAUCCACACAUGACACCCAUUCACUAAAACACACUUUCCCUCCUCCUGCUGACUUACAGAAAAGUUUUCUCCUUGUAUGGAAAAGGCUUAAAGCUCUUCUCUGCAAACACACACACACAUACCUUCCUGUGGUAUGAGGUAACAUGUGCCGUGUUGGGAGUUCAUAGUCUAUCAGAUCUGAACAGAGAUGACCUCAGCAUCAUCCUAAAGCCUCUCUCCGCUGUAACUUCAUCCCACUGAGGCUUCUUGUAGCUUUGAUCUUUUUUGCAGUGAAACCCCUCAUUAUAUUCUCCAUGAUAUUCUCUUUAAAGAGCACCAGGAGCUGUAAUUUCCACAAAUCACAAUCAUUCUCCUGCAAUAAACAAUGUAAUGAGAGCACUUUACAGCACACUGAUUCGUCUUAAAGCAAGAGGGAACGUUUUUGGUUUUAGUAAUCACAGGCCACCGCUGUGAGCAAGGAGGGGACAGUCUUUUUCUGUUAGCAGGGAGGAAGAGGAGGAGGGAGGGGGCAUCAAAGAAAGCCUGGAGGAAGAGGGGGUGAGGGGUGAGAGAAAAGAGAGGAAGCAAGUGGCUGAUGAAAGAGUUUCUACAACUCGACCAUCCCCACCCUCUGCACCCCUCCGCCCUGGCCUACUUUUUUCCCCUCUGCUGACACACUCAGAUGAUUCAGCACUUCACUCCGUCUCCCCCUCAGCUUCAUCUCUACCCUCACGCUCCAAACCUUCCCUGCUCCCUCUCCCGCUCCCUCUUGCCUUGUCUUGUUUUGCAUUUCCCUCAUUCGGCAUCUCCUGCAGCGCCUUCCCUCUCCCCUGAAAAUUGACUCAGAACUCGCCCAUUAUCUGGAGUCAUUUGCUCGAAUUAAUUCUCAGACUCCCAUCGACUCACAGUGGGGAAUAAGCAGCUUUCCCCAGUGCUGAAUAAUCGCUACCAGCAUGUGAAAUCAUGACAUUUCUAAAAGAAUUUAGAGAUUUGAAAUUUAACAUUCAGUGUUCAGGCUGGUGAACGCCGGUUUUUAACCCCUUUGCGUUCCUCCAGGUUGCGGCUUUGAACUCCUCUGUGUUGUACUCAGUCAGCACUUAAAACUUCAUAUUUGAUUUCAGGUGAAAACACAAAGUUCUGCUUGUUGACAGACUCAACCUGGGCUGGGUGUCUUGCCUCAUCACCUUUCUUUUCCUCUUCAUCUCUCUGCCUUCUUGUUCCUUCUCCUCACAGGUCAUUUCCCUGCUUCUGUCAUCAUCAGUGAAUCAUCUCUCCACAUUUCUUUUCUGCAUUCUUCCUCACUUUUUAUCGCCUGCUUUUUGACCCUCUUUCAUGUCUCUCUGCAGUCCUGGGUGGAAACACAGAGAGUCUUGUCCCUGACCCCUAUCACUCAACAUGAGAAGACUUCUCAGUGUGAGUGUGUGUACUAGUGUGUGCGUGUUUCAAAAGCCAUCCGUACAGUACUACAACAAAAGAUGUAACGUACACCGUGACAGCAUGAACCGGAGCCCUGUUAAUUAUUGCUGCUGAGCCGCCACUGACAGGCUGAUGAACAGAUGGUUGUUUGUAAAAGAAUACACAAAGUGUGGCAUUCAUGUUUAAUGAAAGGAUGUACAGUACCAUGUAUCGAUCCAGGGAAUCAUCUCCUGAAUCACCAUGUUGAGCAUUGUAUAACCGAGUCUGCUGCUACUCUACACCCAACACACCUCUCCUCAUUUUGUCUGAUUCACAAUGGUGAAUUAUACAUUGUCUCUGAACAAAAGCCCUUUGGAAUCUGGAAGAUGAUGAUACAAUCAGAUAGAGAAAGUCUUGUGAUAUUAAAAUAAUCAAGAGAUUUGUUAAAGAUAAAGACAAUAAUCUGUGCCCCAAGCAGAUGAAUGAUUAAUUUACCGCUGCGACAAAAAUUAAGUUAAUUAGUAAUGAAUGGAGCCAUGUGAUGAUAACGCACAUGCUCCACAGACCCUCCAGUUAUAACCAUCCUAAGCUGGCCUCUCAACCAGCUGUCCACACCUAAGGCUAUGUUAGCCGUCUUUUUAAGGCGUCUUUUAUUGGUUGUUUUCUGUCUGUAAGUGGGGGAAAGGACAGUGGACGGGAGACAAGAGCCACAGGCCAGGAUAACCUCUGUACAUGGGACACACACACCUGGUCAGCUGUGUGUGAAUGCAAAUACCCCAUGACGUUAAUUAAGCCUUGUAAAGUCUGAUAUGUGAAAAGAGGCAAAUUAAGAAGAUUUUAUUAGGGCCCGAGUGAUAUGGAUUUUUUGGGGCUGAUGCCAAAACCGAUUAUUAGGGGGGAGGGGAAUCCAAUUACCAAUUAAUUGGCCAAUUUUUUAAAUUUUUUUAUGAAGUUAUAAAAAAAAUAUAUAGUAUACUGUAGAUAUCUACGUGGUACCAGGCAUCAUCGUCAUCCAGUUCAUCUAAGUGGAUGAACAUUUUCAGGAGGUCGCUGCGCCAUCUACAGGAUAAGUCCGGGGAUCUUUUCAAAUGGCAGAACAUUUUCGAAGUGAAACCGAAUCUUAUUCUACACAUAUUAUUUCUGAAAAUAUCUGCGAAAAUCGGCGAGCUUCGGCCGAUUACCGAUUAGUCUCAAACGGGCUAAAAUUGGCCGAUUUAAUCGGCUCACCGAUAAAUCGGUCGGGCCCUAGAUUUUAUACUCUUUCCUGCUGACCUCAGUUGUCAGUAUAUUGUUUUCUCACCCUUGUGGAUGUACAAAAGAAAACAGCUCCUCCUUGUCUGUCUGUAAGUGAUCAUGACUGCCCCACCUUAAACUGUGAGAGCACUCCCAAUAAAGAAUCUCUGGCUGUGAGAUCCGUGUGUGAACAGCAAGUUCCUGACAUAAUCAGGGCUUGGUGUCCUGAAGUUAUCCAGAGAUAGUAGAAAGUAAAACAAAAAUCUGAUAUAGUUUCCAUGGAGUGGAUCAGUAGCCGGUGGUCCUCCCACUCUCCUCGAGUGUCACUGAGCUGCAGCUGUGGAGCAUCGCUGCAGCAAGGAGCUCAAAUACCUACAUUUAGAUCGUACCUUUGGGAAAUAUUUCACGGGGUGGAUGAUUCCUGUUCAGACAGCACAUUCAUCUCUCUCACUGUUAAAGAUUUUGAGACAGCAGGGUAAGAUGCAGGAGUGUGUGUCCGUCCCACUGUGUGCUCUUGUGUGUGUGUGUGUGUGUGUGUGUGUGUGUGUGUGUGUGUGUGUGUGUGUGUGUGUGUGUGUGUGUGUGUGUGUGUGUGUGCGUGUGUGUGUGAACAACAGACAGAGCUGAGAAUAAACAGACUUAUCUUCAUUUGGACAGAUUCAGAUGUUUCACCAGCUCAACUCUCAUUAAACAAAAACCCACAAACUGGAGAUAAUUAGUUUGAUCUUUAGUGUGUGUGUGUGUGUGUGUGUGUGUGUGUGUGUGUGUGUGUGUGUGUGUGUGUGUGUGUGUGUGUGUGUGUGUGUGGUCUCACUUCAGACUAGAGAUUGUCUGAGCAUGGGAAUGUGUGUGUGUGUGAGUGUGUGAGCAUCAGUCUUUGUGUGUGUGUAGGAUGCAGAUGGGGUUUUGGGAAAGAGGCCAGCAGACACAAUUGCUCCAUUGAGCUAGCUCACAUCCCCAAAGUCUCUCUCUCCCUCUCCCUCUCUUCUUUCUCUCUCUUCUUCACUCACUGGCAUACACACUAAUUCACUCACACACACACACACAAACACACACCCUGGUGAGACUUCUCUCAGUUUGCUCAGUGAAGUCUGAAUUCUCGACCGUGAAGUCAGAGGGGCUUCAGGGUUGAAGUCUUGGGGAUUUUACUAACAUCCCCCACCCCUUUAGUUGCUCUCUCUCUCUCUCUCUCCCUCUUCCUCUUAUUUUUCUCGCUUUGUUUGAGUUUGCAUUACUAUGAAACAUUAUUUUCAAGUCACACACCUCCUAAUGAGCACCUACAUGUGUUUGAAGCAGUGCUGGGACUUUUUCUUACAGCUGUGAAUCAGCAGGGGUGGUUGUGUUUGUGUGUUUGUGUGUGAGUUUCUUACACACCUCUGACACUACUGUGAUGUUUUGGAUAACUUUCCCCCCUUUGUCACACCUUAUUAAACAUCAGACACACACACACACUGGGGAAUGGCUGACUGAACAACUUGGAGCAUGACUAUGUGUAUAGAUCAUACUUUUACUUUCUCCGUGUCCCUUCCGGCUGCUUUUGGUAUUUUGUAGAGAUUGAUUUUGGAGCGAAUAUUUUCUAAAAUGUGGUUUGUCAAAUUCAUAUUUACAUAGUUUAUUUAGUUGAUCAGUUUAUUCAGGAAUCUUAUUUUCAUCGUUUGAAAGUAUGAAGAGAAAUCUGCCCCAAGAUUUAUUGUCCAGGGAUGUGAUUCCUCCAUGUUUAUCAAGAAUUCAGGAUUUCCUGUUCCAAAGGGAUGAUCCUUGAAUUUUGUUUGUUUCUUUGAAGUUAGUGUCAGAAGAGCUGUCAGAGAAGACAAUGAGCUUUUUAAAAGGCAUUUGAUUGAAUUAAAAACAAGAUAAUUACAGGGUAGAGAAAAGAGCAAGAACAAAGAUUGUGUGAUUGUAAAGUGCCUGCGUUUGUAUCAUGUUUGAUGAUUUGGAAAAGACGUGUGACAUUGUUUUUUUCUGUAAGUGCUUUGUGAUGAAGUAGAAAUAUUCAUUGAAGUUUCUUGAAAUAAGACAGGAAAGAAGGUAAAGUAUUUUAUUCUUACAUGGAUAUGAAACGUUGAAAGAGAAGGAUGUGGUUUAUUGAGACAUUUCUAAUUUCUCCUUCGGAAAAAAAAGGUUAAAAAGUCUAAUUUAAAUGUUAGAGAAAGCUUAUCACAGCCUUUAAAGAUAACUGACUAAUAAAAAUUCUCCUCAAAGUCUCUGGAGAACAAGCAGGUCCAAAUUAAGUCUGAAAAAGUCUGAAGUAUAAUCUGGUUAAGUUGAAGCGCAUAGUUUCCGAAUGUCUUCCUAGCUUUAUGUUUUUGAUGUGCAGAGUUUCAUAGAUAUGUCAAAGACUUCUCAGUUUGUUCUUUCUCUCUUGUUUCUCUUUGAAAUCAAGCUGUUAUUGUGUUAACACAGGCUGAAGGCCUGGGAACUGACACUGCAUUACCAGACAGUUUAAUUACAGCUCACUGUGACAGGUGUCAUGCAUUGUUUUGUUGUAUUGGAGCAGCUUCCAUUUGCAUAAGUACAAAUGUGCCAGUUUAUCAGCCAAAAGAGGAGAAGAUAAUGAAGAGACAGCCGAUUCAUUUUUCUGCUAAAAGGUUCUUUGGCUCCCGCAGACCUCAAUUAUGAUUGUAAGGCCUAAAAACAAACCUGACAGUUAUCCCGCUUGAUGCUGUUUGAGAGGUUGUUUUCUGUAGUGAAAUCAGUUUAAACAGAGAGGACGACUCUGGGUGAAAUGUUUGAUUUUAUAUUUACAGUAUAAACAUAAACAGAAUGGAAGAAAAAUUGGACCCACCUGUCGCACCUUGAAACAUUGAAUUAUACAAGUCUUUGUGGUUUAAAGGAGUGACCCAUGAAUACGCUAUAUUUGAAUUAAGCAGGAAAUUAGGAGAUUUAAGGAGUUUGGGAUGACACGUUAAAUCUUCAGCUUGAACGUAACCUGUUUUGAACAGACAGCAGAGAGCCAUGUUAGCUGUUUGUGCUCAUCAGCAGGCUCUAUACUUAAACGAUGAUACUAGGUAACUGCAAAGAUGGUGGUUGUGCUUUAUGACUCAGCUUUUGAAGUCCAUGUUUCUUUAUAACAUUUGCUCACAUUUGUCAGCAGAGCCUGACUCUCAGGGAGCCGCCCAUGAGAUCAUGGAGUCUGUGGUGUUAGCAUGCAGCAGGUAUAACUACAGAAAAAGAAGCAUAAGCCUGUGUGUGUGUGAGAAUGUGUCUGUACUGUAGAGUAAGAUAUAUCUGGGCCAGUGUUCACUUUAUCCAAUGAUGUUUUAUUCUCAUGCUGGAGAUUCAAGAACAAACCAGAUUACAAUGUUGGAUCAGAUAUCAGAGGGUCCUCAAAUGCUGCAGUAUCAUCGAACAGUUGUGAAUUUACUCCCUGUCGACGUACAACUGCCUUCUUAUGCUUUGCUGUUUUAUCUCUGGAGUCUUUUGUUUAAUUUCCCCCUGUUGUGCUCUUCUUCUGGGAUGUGCUGUGUUUGUGUUAUCAGCCGUGCUUUAAAUAAUUCACUCUAAUAUCUCCCUACAUCAAUGUUUCCCAAGAUGAACUUAAAAAAAUCCAAGUUGGGGCCUCAAACAGAGAUCCUGAAUAGCUGGUGUGCAGAGGCAUUUACCCCAAAGCAUCAUGGUCUCAAUUAAAGUUCUCUGACCUUUGGGAAGAUCAUUUUAGAUACACUUGACACCAUGAGCAAUCUUGUUUGCAUUUUUUGCCACUACAAAUACUAUUCCAGACUUAUUUUUUAGAAUGUUACUGGAAUUUUUGUUUUGCCACGACAGAUUAUGAGUAAGGGGUGAUGCAGUAUUGAGAAAAUAACCACACUAAGAUUCAAAAUAUUGAGUAAUGAGUGCAGGAUGAGGCGCUGAUCAGAGAAGACAGGAGGAGACAGGAUAAGAGAUGCAUUAAAUUGGGAGGGGGGUGUCCGUGGGUGAGGAGUUUAGUCGUAUGAAAUUUGACAGUUUUAUUCCACAGUUUACUGCUGCAAAGGCCAAAAACAUUUAGUUUCAGCAGCUUGAACUUUAAAACAGUCAUACCGGAAAGCUCUGCUGGGAGGCAAAACAAAAUGACCGCAAAUGUCAAAACCCUGGGUUUGCGUCCUCCCUCCUUAUCUAACCCCCUCUCCUCUGUGUAAUGACAUCCAAGUUAUGACUGUUUUUGAAGAGCUGCUCCCAGCGACGAGCUCCUUUCACUCCUUUCAUGCUCAACUUCUGCCUGAAGACAAUGUGCAUGUGUGCGUGUGCACAAGUAAGUGUGUGUUGUCCUUGUGUGUGAGUGUAUGUGUGCGUGCGUGUGUGUGUGUGUGUGUGUGUAGCCUGAGGACACAGGGCUGUGAUUAGAGAGGUGAUAGAAAAGUUUGACUUUUUCUGGAUCUUUUUUCACUCCUUGAUAAACAACUUUGAGUGUGUGGCGGGGGAAAGAGCAUCGCUGCAGGGAGACUCCAUCAGGAAUAUGAACACUCUGACAGUCUGAACUUUUGCAGUUUCACUGAGAGAUGUCAAUUUUUUCAACCCGUACCAUAACCCCAAAUUAGCCCCUAUGAUGGGAUAUAAAAGGGUAGAGACGGAGAUGAUGAGUUGAAAUCUGAUUUUGUUUUCCGGCUUGUGAGUUUUCUUAUUGCAGACACAGAGCUUAUUGUCUCCUCUCGUGGCUUUUAUGACACUAACUUCAAAGAAACAGAAAUGGUAAAAACCCUUUAGCUAGUUAGCUUUUUACCACUUUGCAUGAACUGAAGAUUAGACAAAUUAGAAGAAAUUAAUUGGAAAAGUGGUGUCUGUGGUCCUUAAAUUUUUCAUAACCCUGUUUGAUUUUCUUAAACGUCUUGGAUGUUUCACUCUUCAUGCUGCUCUUUAAUUUUUUCCCCCAUACUAGCGGCGAGCAGCAGAGCUCCUGUAAUGACGGUUUUAAUUGCCAUUAACCAUGGCACAGAUAAUAAACGCCUGACACGCUUUGACUUUAAUGUGAAAUUUACCAUUUUAAUGCAUUCAUAUAACUGCAGCUAACCUGCUUAUUACUGAUUUCCCUGCACUCAGUGUUUAGUGCUGAAAGGCAAAUCUUAGCAUGCUAAUGUGUUAAAACUGUCAUGGUGCCCAUAAUAGCAGGAUGAGGUUAGCAUUUAACUAGUACAGCCAGAAGAGCUGCCAACAAAGCAGUAAGUGUUUCGAACUGAACCCAAAGGCUCUGUUAUAAAUUAGCCCUGAAAAUAAGGCUAUAUAGGAGUGAAACAUGUUCACACCACUUCAUGAUCAGUGGAAGUGAAGAGUUUCAUUGUUCUUCAUCCUCUCUUUUCCUCUCUUGUUACCACUGAUUGACUCGUGUCUUUAUUCACGGUUUUUUAGAAGUGGAGUACGCAGUUUGAGUUCACCUUCAGGUCAAGUCUGGAGAUAAUAGAAGCAGCCUUACACCUGGCUCCUUGUAAAGCCAUCGUUUUCAUUUAUUAUUAUGUUUAUCUGAGCAGACAGACCGGUUAACUUGACCUCCUCUCAUCUCGAGUAAUUCUGGACAUCAUCUUGUGUUUUGAAGAGCCUCUCAUGUCCAUCCAGAAAGAGUUCAGAUUGUAUUAACUCACAGACAGCUCAGCCACAGCUUCAUAUUUCCAUCAUAACCCUUUGAACCUCUGGGUACUUUUCUCUGUCCUCAGGCGGGUCAGAGGUCUCAGCUCCAGAGCAGCUGGCCUGGUGCUGAACUGCGUCCAGCGUCUUCCUUGAGGACACUUUAGAUGGACAGAUGCCGGCUGUCACAGGGACUUGAACCUUAGCUGUCUAUUUGAAGGACAUUUUCUCUAAUCAUGAACAGCACUUGCCGCCAUAUGACGCCCUCAGGGUGAAAGACUCAACCAAGCGGCAUAUGGUACACAGAGGGGCACACCAGCGCCACAGCUUUCUGUGAACACAGCUGUGUUUCUCUUUUGAAAUAAUUUGAAAUUUACCAACAUCAAACUGUAAACCAGACUAAAGCUGCGAUUCUUCAGUGGGAACUCAAGGACUGUGAACCUUUAGAGAUGCAUGCUGUAUUACAAGCAAGGUAUCAGGCUCUACACAAAGUUUCAAAGAUCCUUACCCAGAGGAGCACUUACUAAAGUCAGGGAUACAUGAUACAGACUUUUUGAGUUGAUACAGAUAAGUGACAAUAACUUUCUCUAAAUACAGAGAGGAUUACCAAAGUGCUUUAUUUCAGUUUUGUAUUUUGUAUAUGUAAUUUAUGCACAUCUGAGGGCGAGAAAUGCUAAGAUUUAGUGAGCAAAGAUGUAUAAAGAUGUAGACAAUGUAUGAAUAUUUUAUACCUACUGAUUCUUACUGAAACAAUUUUCUUUGAACACAUAAAAAACCAAGAACAGUUCAGACUCUUCAGCUGUCACUUAGUUUCUUUUACUGCAAGUGCAGCGCUCCAUUUCAUGCAGUAAUAUCUUUUAUCAUGGUAAAGUCUUUAUACAAUUACUGCGCCAUAAAACUAUGCAUGAUCAACUUGAGUCUGUGAUAAAACUUGACUGUGUGUAGAGAUUCCAUCAAACAGGGAAGGAAGGGGGGUGUAUGUGCUAAAAGUGACAGAAAUAUAAGAUUAUAUGGUGACAUCCUCAGUAUUUAACCUCUUCAAAGGAUGGCUCAUUACAUGCUGGUAAUUCAGGAUUUUUUUUCAACUUCUUGAGUUGCCUCAGGUAAACUUUCUGCAGUUCUGAUAUCUUCACGACCACAUCCACCUUAAUCUUGGUGCUGCUUCUCCAUAUGUCUUAGGUAUACCUUAAUUGUAAUAAUAAUAGAUAAUGCAUCGGAUUUCAUAUAGCGCUUUAUCAGAGACCCUCAAAGUGCUUUACAUUGGAUACAUCAUUCAUUCGCUCACACAGUCACACCUUGGUGGUGGUAAACUACUGCAGUAGUUACAGCUGCCCUGGGACAGACUGACGGAAACGUGGCAGCCAGUUUGCACCUACAGCCUCCCCGACCACCACCACACAACACUCACAAUUAUGCACCAGUAGAGGACACACACUGGCAGCAAGGUGGGUUAAGUAUCUUGCCCAAGGACACAACAGACAGACUCCGGAUAGGGGGGAAGUGAACCGCCAACCUUCUGGUUAUUGGACGACCGCUCUACCUCCUUAGCUACUGCCGCCUCAACAACUUUGUACUCUUAAAAGAUUUGUUUUGCUAAAGAGCUCUUGAGGACUUUUUAUCCCUUUAACAUAUCUUGAGGCACAUUUUUGGUUGCACUAAUAUCUAUAUAUAACUACAUUUAUAUAUAAUGUGAUACAGUUUGAGGCAGCUUUUCAGUGUUAAACAUUUCUAAUAAUACAAAUUCUCUCAUUUUAUUUGAAAAUGAAAAUCAACAGGACUUUUUUCCUGCAUGAAAUGACCAAUCACUUUGUGUGUACUUAGAUUGCUGUAAAAACACUGAUUACAAUGGACUAGAGCAGUGGUUCUCAAGUCCAGUGGUUCUCAAGUCCAGUCCUGGAGGCCCACUGUCCUGCAUGUUUUAGAUGUUUCCCUGCUCCAACACACCUGAUUCAAAUGAUCAGCUCGUUAUCAUGCUCUGUAAUGGCUUGAUAACGAGCUGAUCAUUUGAGUCAGGUGUGUUGGAGCAGGGAAACACCCAAAACAUGCAGGACAGUGGGCCUUAAGGAGUGGACUUGAGAACCACUGGACUAGAGGGACCUUUUAGUUCCCUACAAAGUAGCUCCUGAGGCGAAAAAACUUUGAAUUUCUGGUGUCUGCCAUACUGUGAAGUUUUAACCAUUUAAGUCCCAUUGUGAUUUCUGUCUUCCUCUGACUUGUCAUCUCGUGCCUGGAUGAAAUAAAAAUUGUUGUUGUGAUAAAUUGCUAAUUAUCGUUUUAAGAUAAAUAAUACAAGCUAGUCUUCCCGCAGAGCAUCAACCUGAUGACAUUAAGUUGACUGCGGUGCAUGCUGGGGACCCCGGCGCCAAAGAGUGGUCUUACAGAGCUAGCAGUCUUGUUUUGAAAUAAAUUAGUUUAAUCUAGGAACUAAUUAGAUUUUGUUAAGCAGGGACCAUUCACAGUUGAAAAACAGAGGUAUUAGGCCUGAUGCCAAGCUGUCUCUUGACAUAUAACUAAGUCAAGACAAGAAACAACAGUAUAAUAAUAAAACAGAAGGAGAAAAUAAUUCAGGGUGGGUUCAGAGUAAUCACAACCUUCAGCUUCCUCUUGGAGGGGUUUUUGUGACAAAUGAGGGAAACGCAAUCUUCUGCACUUCUUGUUGUAACAGAAAAAUCUUUUAAUCUGGAUCCCAGUUUUGGCUGGAGGCUGAUGUUAUUACAGAGAGAAAAAAUAAACAUGUUACUUUGUGUUUUAUUAUAUGGGGAGCCAAGGUUGUUGUUUUUGCACCGAGUUUAUAGAAGAUGUCAGUGAAGUUCAAGUAGCCUUAAUGUGCUUCAAUUUUCUCUGAUUUUCAUCCGUUUUUGGUUUUUUUUGGCUUCAUGUUUGUUGCUGCGGUGUGUGUGUGUGUGUGUGUGUGUGUGUGUGUGUGUGUGUGUGUGUGUGUGUGUGUGUGUGUGUGUGUGUGCGUGUAAGUAUGCGUGUGUGUAAUCGCGACCUCUUGGCUCCUCUCUGAAUUAAUCUAUCAGUGGAUGUGAUCAGAUUACUCUGGAUUAUACUCAGACUAUGAGAGGGAUGACCAAGGUUAGAUCAAUCCCACACACAUUGACUCAAAGACAGAUCACCAGAUUGAGGCUGUAAUGCAUUCAAGCUCUCAAACCCCCACAUAAACAAACAUGAGCUGUUAAGACACCCUCACGCAGACUUGGUCUUUUGGGGGCUUUAAGUCUAUCCCAUUAACAGAGAAGCAGGUGUAAGAGCUCUGUUGUACAUCCUUCAGCUGAGAAGGAUUAUUUCGAUGGUUAAUUGCUCUUAAAAACAUAAUCAUACCAAUGAAGAGAUUCAAAACGGACCAAAAUGUUAUUUUAAAGUCACAUAAAUUCUGUGUAAUGAAAGCAUACCUCUGCUUUUGUCAUAUAUCUUGAAUAAAUCACAGUUUGUGUUUUUCUUCUUUACUGACAAAAAUUUAAAUGUCAACAAGUCAGUCUUUUGCAAGAGAUGUAAAGUGGAGCAGUUCAUUUAAUUUCCUUUUUGUAUUGGUAUUAUUUCAGCAAAUGCACAGACUGCUGUUUAUUAGUAUCCAUAGAGCAGAUGUAGCCUCAAAUUUUCCCAUUUUCUAACAUCUGACAGCCAUUGACAACUUCAAUUUAUUCUAGCUGCUCUGGCGUUUGCUCUCAUAAUCUAGAUGCAAGGGGUCUUUUUGAUUUUCUGUCCCUGUCUCUGUGCAACUGCAUCACACAGAAAUCUUUCAAAUAUCCCUCGUUUCUCAAGAACAGGAAAUAUCUCCUCAAACUGUUUGCAGUUAGCUGCCUUAUUCUGCCCUACAUACACCAACAACAAAGCUCAGAGAUAAACACACACCGCAGGGACACCAACACCCAUGAGAGUUGUUAGGUGGCUCAAACCAGGAAAACAAACCAACUGCCAAAGGAAAAAAUAUCCUAAAAACACAGAUUAAACACAUCUUAAAGAUGACAAAGCAACGCAAAAAAGGAGCUACACCCGGCAGAUAUUUAAAAUCUGCUUUUUAUAUGCUUACAAAGAAUGACAAUUGGCAGUAUAACCCAUGCGGAGUGUUUUGUAAUCGAAUUUGAUGCUAUCCUCGGACUGACAAAAACAGCGGCAGACACAAAUCAAAUGUCAUCUGCUGACUGUGAUGUGUGUCAGUGCGUGUGUGUGCGUUAUGUAUUUUUAAAUUUUUUGCCUCUAUGUGUCAUGACCAUCUGUCAGAUGGCAGACUUUGAAAUCUGCAGUCAAAUGACAGAAGAGGCAGAAGAGAGAGGGGAAAAUGAGGUGAGAAGACAGAAUGAGAUAUAGAGGGUUAGAUUUUAAAGAAGAACAGUGCAGACAUAAAAGGACCAAAAAGGAGGAAAAUGUCAAAAUUUAGGACAGAAAAUGUAGAGCCCAGGAAGACCAAGUGUUUCUGUUCAAUCGUUUAUCUAAUGACCACAUAAUUUCAGCUGUUAAAUGGAUUUUAACAGAAGAAACAACCCUUAGAAAGUCUCUGGAGGUAUUUUUAAAGUAAACACAUGUAGAUCCUGUCGUAAGACUCGUCACCCUCUCACCUUUGACAUUUUCGAAAAGGUUAUUUAUUUUCUAUAUGUGACACACCUGUGUGAAAUUCUUGAUUGUUAUUGGUCAUCACUUCCUUGUAACACCCUGUGGUUUCUUGACUGUACACCGUUGCCAUGGAUACAGGCACAGCUAUAGUCAGUUGCAGACUCAAGGGAGGCCGACUGAAAUCAAGUUUGAAGAAGCUUGGUAAAUUUAAGGCCGGGCUGUUUGUGGUGGAAGGAAAGAGAAGAGUCAAAAACAGCGUAGAAAAGCCGAAUACUUGAGAAAUGUAAAAAUAUAGCAAGCUAGGAGUGGACGUUAAGGGAUACAUUUAAAAUUUUCGUAAAGUACAAUAAGAUAAAACAUAGGUUAGGGUUGUGGGGGGCUAGUUUUUAAGUUUUGUUUAGGUCUGGAGAGACUUGCUAGGUGGCCGACUUUGUUUGGUAAGUUCGGCUAAGUGCAGCCAGCUACUGACUGUGCAGUCCUGUGAGAGUGACAUCCUCUAUUCACCUUACUGAGUUAGGAAAAGAAUAGUCAAUUACAAUGUUCAACUACUCAUUUAAAGCUUUCUGAUCUGCUGUGAGACUUUAGACAGACUGUUUGUUUUACUCCUGCUGGGGGAUCCUGAUUUUUGUCUGAUUUGUUUUAAAUAACACACAAGUCAUCAUUGAAGAAAAAUUUGGCAGUAUUCAGAAGUCUGCGUGUGUGUGCGUGCGUGUGUGUGCGUGCGAGGGAUAAAUCAAUCAUAUUUUUGUGGGAGGAGAGGCAGAAAAAAAACUGCUGGGGCCAUUUUCACUAAGAGGUUUUUAAAGCCAUUUAUGAGUGAUAUAAAAAUAGCUCUGCAACAUCUGCUCUCUACUUAGCCUUUAAAUCAUGUUGCAAUCAGUGAAAAGUCAUAUUUAUAGCAAUCAUUUGCUGAUAAAUCAUGUGAAAUGAUCCCUAAACACUGCAUUGUUCUCAUUGUCUCCUAAUGUCUUCUAUCUUACUGUGUCUACGAUGGACUGCAAUUCUCAUAAAUCACAGGGAUUUCUUUCCCAUUGAGCACAGACGCAGCUGAAGUAUUGUUACUGUUCUCCAUCUCACUCUUACUUUGUCUAAAUGUUCUUCUCUGUGUUUGUAUCUACCUCUCUUUUGUUCCCUUUUGUCACUUUCUUCUCUUUAACGGUUGAGUGUUUUAAAAGAAAGGAUAAAUGUCUUCAUAUGAGUUUAAGUGGAACCUUGGCCUGCUGUCAUAAAAUCAAUAUUUGGCAUGUAUAAGCAGAAUCUGCUUAAAGCACAAGUUCUUCUUUGAGCAGAGAUAUGAUGCAGAUUUAUUUGACUUGAAGCUGAUUUUGAUUCUCAAAUGAAUUAUGAAUAUAAUUUGAUUCUUUCCAAUAAUUGAUGUUUGGGCGUUGUUUUCUGUGAGGUCAUGAUUAGCUGGAAAGAACAUGAAAUAUUUACUGCAGGAAAACAGGACAUGUCUGUAUUUUAAAGUCAUCCUCCUCAGAAGUACAUGUUCAACAUUUAGUUCUUGUGUUUUUAAUUUUCAGUUGCUUGUACAGCCAGCUGUCUGUCAUUGAAACAGUCUCUCGUGUUACUCGAGCACAGCUGUUAGACCAUCAUAUCAGGAAACUUUUGGUCAACUCCCAGCAAGUCAGAAUGAAACUGAAUCACACUAUUGGUGUAGAUCUAGGUCUCGGUUUGAACUAUUUAUAUAUACCGAUGCCUUGAACAGGAUGUGCUGAAUUUCAAAUUUGCAUUGAAACAAAUGGCACCAAUACAGGCUGCUUCCCACAUAAGUGAGUUGGCUGCAGAGUUUCUGAUACAGUCGUGCCCUACUUCUUCAAAGUUAGUCAGUGAAAGUUCAGGAGGAGUAAAACAGAAGCUAACUUUCAUUUGGCUGCUUCCCUUUAAUAAUCCUUUUGUCUUUGUUAUCCAUAUCAUUCACAUCAUUCCAGCCGCUUCUGUUAUAUGAAAUUAGAAAUGCUGAGAAGUUUCUCAGGAUGUGAUGUGAACUUUGUUCCACAGAGUUAACAGCUGGAUUGUAAAUUUUAUACAACUUUUGCGGUGUUGGUAAAGCUGAUGAUGAAAGUAUGAAUUUUUUAAGGCGCACUAUUCAUGACAGCCUGUUCCUCUGUCAGGGCUGCAGCCCUCGACUGUGAAGUGCUGCUUAAAAAUGAGUCUGUGCAGCUUUUAAGGCAUUAUUUAAUUACUUUUUUUUACUUAAAGAAUAAAAAAAUACAUUAUGUGAAGCAUUUAGAUUAGCUGUCAUCUCAACUUUCCCAGAUUAGAGAGAUCCAUCAUUUUAUGCAGUAAUGAUUCACUUUUCUGUCUUUUAGGGAAAUAUGACAUCCAACAGAUGAUGUAUUAUGGCCUAAUGUAAUAAAAAAACAUAAACUUUAAAUAUAAUAUAGCAAAGACUUUAGACCCCAUGAAUCCAUGCCAGUCAAAGAUGUACAGAAACUAAAAGUGCAUUUUGACCAAAAGUACCAGGACCUCAGUUCUACUUGCCAUGUUACUCUUGUUUCUCCGUCUCGUAUUUUACACUGGUUGCCUCUUGCAGUGACAUGUUCUACUGACCUUUUAUAUGUGUUGUUGCUCAAGAAAAUUAAAUCAAUAAAAAGUUUUUCAAAAAGCACCAGGACCUCCGGGAAGAAAAUUCAAAUCAGGCUAAAGACAUACAACCUGAGAGAACUAGUCCAGUACAGUUAUUUGGUAAAUGAAGUCACUUGCACAGCUCUUCAUUUGACACUCUGCUGAACUUUUGGAAUUAAAAGUUGUCACUGAGCACAUGUGCAGGAGAAAAGGUUUAUAAAUUAUUCAACAAGAUCUGAUCUUGGGAAAUAUUUGAUCAAAUUCAGCCUCUCUGUCAUGGCUCUGCUUUUCUGUCUCUCUCUGCUCAGCUGGUGUCAGUGUGUAACUCAAGCACCCAUAUUUUAUAUGAAUAAAAUUGUCCUCUGAAAAGAUAAACAUCAAAAAACAUCCUCUGGUUUGUAAAAAAUGUCCAUAAAAAUACAUAGUGUCACUGAUCAGAUAUCAUCAGGUUACACUGGAUAUAUGUCAGAAGAAACUCUCCUGGUUGCUGCUAUUAAAGCGCACACAGUUCCUGCAAAGCCUCCUAGUUCCAGGGGAGGGUUUUUGCAGUCUUAAAGCACCUUGAGCCACCAGUUGUUGAAAUAACAGGGACCGCUUGAGCAGGGAUUGUGCACUUCAUGUUGAAGACUUAGAUCCCCCAGCCUGUCAUUGAUGUUGUUGUGCACCUGCUCUAAUCUACUUUCUGUGUUUGUUGUUGUUACACACCAGCACAGAUGCAUUGAAGGACUUUAAUCCUGAGAUGCAGGGUUUCUACGUGCUUUCUGCGUGUAGAGGUCCCUGAACUGUGGACCUCUGGGCAGUCUGCUCUUUAUAGCGAAGCCUUGCAUUUACUUGAUGAGGCAGAGAUAAGAUAGAGAACAUGACAGAUAUGAUCUGCAAAACCUGCACAGAUUAGCGCAUGGCUUCAUAACCUGCCUGUUUGUUCUUAGCCUCUUCAGAGAGAAAGAAGUUUUGGUUACACUUAAUUUGAUGCCUAUCUCUAUAACACAUUAUAAAUAUAUGUAUAAUGCAUUAUAAUCAUGUUAUAGCGCUGUAUAACUAUAGUUAUAAACACUCAUAAAUGAUCAUAAUGCUUUAAAGUAAUAAUCAUAACACAUUAAAAAGCAUUUUAUCAUGACUUACAAGGUCAGGUAUUAUAAUGUGUUAUAACUGUUAACAACUCACUGACAAUGCCCACAUAGAUAAUGCAACUGUUGUUAACAGUUAUAACACAUUAUAACACCUGACCUUGUAAGUCAUGAUAAAAUGCUUUACAAUGUGUUAUGAUUAUUGCUAUAAAACAUUAUGAACAUUUCUAAGUGUUUAUAACUAUAGUUAUACUAUGCUAUAACAUGAUUAUAACGCAUAAUAAAUAUAUUUAUAAUGUGUUAUAGAGAUUGGCGUCAAAUAAAGUGUUACUGAAGUUUUUAAUGGUAACUGUUUGCUCUCGAUGAGGUUUAAAAGUGGAAGAUUUUGUACAAGUUUGGAUUAAAGACCUGUGAAACGAUUUGGUUCAAAAAGUAUAAAUGUGAAAUAUCAGUGAAAUAGAAAAGCCAAACAGAGCAAAAGAAAGAAGCCAAUUUGAAGCCUUAUUUCACCUGAGAGUGUCCUGCUUCUCCCAUAGACGCUGUCAAACCGUAUUUCUGUAGAGAGCACACUGUCAGCUUUGCUUUCAUCCUACACUGAGCAUUACACUUAGACUGUGAACACGCCAGGCUGUUGUGAACACUUAUAGAAAUUGAUUUUCCAUAGAAUUUGUCAUUGUAGUUGUGGGUGUUUGACAGUCUAAUCUUCUUUCAGCCACUGUAAAAUGGGAAUAGUUUUUCGCACUUGUCCAUAGCCAAUGAGAGGAAAAGCUGGCACGGAGGGAAAUGAGGGGCGAGAGUCUCAGAAAACAACAGCAGGUAUUUUACUUCUAGAAAUGCUAAGGCCUGAAACAACAAAAUCAUUGAGAAACAGAGUGAAAUCCUUCUUGUACUCUUCACCUCUCCUUUUAGCAGUAGAAACAAACAAUCAAACACAGUUUAAGAUGGUCUGAAAAGUCACACCGCUGUUGGUCAACCUGAGGCAAUAAAGAAAACAGAUCAAUAAAGCAUUUUAGAGAGGCUGGAGGUGAAAGAGGGCUGCAGAACCACGAGGCAGCUGGAUGACAGUUUUCUAAACUCAAGGACGAGAGGCCGGGACAGGGAAUGAGGGCUGCUAAUUGCUGAGCCUGUCGCUGUAUUGAUCCAGUGGGUUUUAAUGGGAACACAGAUGGACACAAGGAGGGACAGCUCAGCCCUCUGUCCAUAUGAGUGAAUCUGGAGGGCAUUAAUAAGAGUUUUCUUUGAUACAGUCAGCAGCUGUGGAAGUAACUAAUCCAGGCAAAAUAAUGUAUACAGGUCCAUUAUUUCUGUGAAUGCAGAUUUUUCGCCAAUAAGUGCAUGAAUUAAUGAAUCACUGACAUGUCAUAGUGAACAGAUUUAUCAUUAAACACUGAACCCCAUACUUAGACUGCUUUUCCAGCCAACAGAAUCACAUUUGCUAGACAUCCUGUUUCUAAAUAGACUUAACCUGAGUGACCUGCUCAGUUCGAUGCUGUGAUAGACGGUUCAGAAAUAACUUUUCUGGAGCUCUGUGUAGAUUAAAUCUCAUUUCUUCCUAUUGGAUGAAAAACUCGCAUUUGUUUUCUCUUGUGGGUUAGGAAUCAAAUGCAGGUCCAGUUUUAUCCAGUGUGUCUAAUCACAUUAAAAAAAACAUGCUGUUUGUAUCAUGGCAGGAGCUUUUCUAUCAACCUAUAAUCCGCUUUGAACAGGUUCAAAUUAUAAACACAAGUUUCCCUCCUAACUUUGACAUCUGUGCUAGCUGAGUGGCUUGAAUGGUGGGUUUAAAGAUGUUUCUUAAGUUGUGAAAAUGUCAAAUUGGCUGGAAGUAGUAAGAUUUCCUAUUUUACAAUUAAAAUGUUCAUUUGUUAUAGAGAAAGCACAGGGCAGUUGAUUUAAAUGGCAUAUUUCAGCAACAGGGCAACGCAAAUGUCCUCAAAUAAGACAUUGGAGAAACAUGACAAGGGUCUGAAAUACAAACCAAAAAAAAAAAAAAAAGACAUUUUCAAAUUACAAUAGAAAUAUUUAACACCAAACAAGAAAACAAAUAAACAAAACAAAGAAAACAGUCAGCGAAAAAGGCAGGAAGCUCAAAAGACUCUAUGAAAGCAAUGCACUUGCCACAAUACUGCAGUGUGCAUAGUAGUAAAGAUUGGCAUUAACAAUAACAAACGGUGUUUGCUGGAUGUCAAUCAGAUUCCAGAGAAUAUUAGCUUCACAUUAAGAAGACUCAGUGUUUUUUUAUUAUAUUUUUUUGCAUGCAUAACAAGGUAAUGAUGAGUAAGAUCAGUCAUAUCAAGACAAGAUGGAGCAUACAUUUGCAGAUAGAUUUGACUUUUUUGAUUUUCUGCAUAAGCAUUUUGUAGAGUUUCCUCUGUAUUCAUCAGUGAUAAAGGUGUUUAAUAGAUCAAGUAGCAAAUAUAAAGGGUAACAAUCUAUCGUUUUAAUUUUUUGUACUAUCAUCCACCAGAACUGCUGCAUUUUUCUGUAAGACUAGAGACUCCCUGUUUCUAUUUUGGCUCAGGACACUUUGGAGGAUAAGUUAAUGUGAAAUUUAUGGUGUGAGAUGGGGAUAUGUGGGCUCCAUGCAAUAUCACGAACUGAAUUGCUUUCUCUCUAUUCCAGACCCUCAGUGUUUAAACACUCCUCCAAAUGACUUUAGAUGUCAAGCUAAAUCAAAACCAGCUGUUGUUUUACCAGUUUUGGUAACAUUUUUAUAUUUUCCACGAAGAGCUUUGGCCUGUGGCUGAAAUUAGGCUAAAUUUGGAAGUCACAGUCUGUCCACAUACAUAAACAGACUGGACUGUCUCAUGUGACCUUUUGAAUCAUAAGACUGAAAGGUUAGGGACCCAAAUGGAUGCCUAACUUAAUUGCUGUUCAUUAGAAAAGAAACAACAGACAGGUACUUGUCUUCAAAAAGAGAGUUCAUUUCCUUCAUGUUUUAUUUUCAGAUCAUGGGAGUUGAACAUACUUCCAUAAUUUUAAUGACAGGAAACAAUUUUCUGUAUGUUUCUUGACAGUUUUUGUAAUUUAUCAAGCCUCUUCAGUCUUGCGGUCUUUUCAGUCGAUACUCUUUUUAUCCACAUGCUCUCAGAUUACCCUGUGUGUGUCAUACCACUGUGCGUGCAUGUUGUGAGUUUGACUGUUUGUUGUUGUGUGUUGCAGGAUGAUUGGGGCUCCAGUGACUCGUCCAGCAGGGGAAAAGCUCACAGCAUCGAUGACAAGUCACACAGCCUGGAAACUCUGCCGCCAGGUAGGAAACUUCACUCGCCAACAUGCACUGCACCCUCACUGAGCCUUAAAAAUAUGAUUAUAAGAUCGUGCUAAGGAUCGAUAAAAUAAGCCUCACUGGGAAUUGACUUUGAAUAUUUUGGAAGGAGAACUAAUGUGUUUAGUUUUCUGUUUUAAAAGAUGCAGUGGAACAGAUCUCUCUUUAUUGAACCCAAGUGUAUUUGACAGGGUCACCCCCAGGACCUGGAGAGAGUUCAGUAUCUCAUUGUUUCAAAUAAAAAGGCAGGACAAAUGCUCUCCAGCUGUAAAACAUGUGCAUGACAGAAACUUCACACCGCAAUCAUGUUUCCAGAAACUUCACCACACAAUGUUCCCACAACCAAACCCAUUUCUCGAAGGAAAUGUGGUAACACAGUGGCAUAUCUGAGGAGUGUUUUAUUACCAUCAAAACAACAUCAUCAGCAUCUUUAACCUUCCCAUGUGAGAAGAACCACAAAGGGAAAGGAGACAAUUCAAUUCAACCAGCAGCCUGAUGCAGAUGUGAAAUGCCGGAGCCCCAAGAUUAUCCAAAAUAAUUCAAAGAUCCUUUUUAAUCUUGCUGCAAACCCUGCUUUGCAUCUCAACCCAGGCUUUGGGAGACAAUGUUUCCAGCAGCACCGGUGAAAAGCUUCAGUGGCAGCCAGAGCAUCCGAGCAGAGAUUUCUCAUUCAGAUCUCAUCCUCAGCCCCUCCCCUCACAGGCUGUGACCCGCCAGAGCUGAACACACACUCUCUUAUCUGAUCCGCAAGUGGAAAUGCAAUCCAAUUUAAAUUUUGAAGUGAGGAGAUUUCAACUUCAGGGUGACUUUAUACGAUAGCAGAGUGUCACAACAUCCCUCACAAACACAAACAUGAGAAGGGGGAAAAGGUAGAGGAAUAUGAAGGGGAGAAGAAGAAGAUGGGAGGAGUAAAGAACGACAAGAAAUGGAAGAUGAUAAAGGAGAAGUCAUGAAAUGAAGGAUUGUUGAGAGAUGUUAGGAUAUUAUUGCUCAAAAACAUGACAGUGCAUCAAGUAAACAUGGCUAUAUCAGAUACUUAAGAAGAGUUUUCUCAAAGUGCUUUUGGUUGUCAAGUAAACUUUCUUUCUGUCUUGAUUCAGGCCAAGUUGACUGAACAUUUUGGUGAAAUACGACUCUGCAUGUUGAAACAUUUCAGUUGACUCCUCUGUUUGAUUUUUUUGACAGGAUUUAAAACAGUCUCAGAUUUUUAGAUACUUUUUUAUUGCUUUCCAAAGAAAACCAGAUCAAACUGAAGAGAAAAGACUAUUUCCAAAUAGUUAUUUUUGAUGCCAUCAGCACUUUCCUUGGGACUGAUUCAACAGAAACCGUUUCCAGCAUGCAGUGACUAAAGAGAAAACUGUUUACACUUGGCAAGUUUUUCAGUAAGUUUGCAUCAGAGGUUUCAGAGAUUUCUACAGAGGUUUCUCUGUAGAACUCACGGUGUACUGUUUUGUCUACAGGAGUCAGAGGAACAGAGCUUUUCUCAAAACAACCUCAAAUAAAUUAAAUCUCAAACUCUAGAGGCCAGUUACUAAUUUAAUAUGAAUUCCUCUGACUGUUUUUGUUUGCUCUCCUAUGACCAAAUAUCAUAAAAUGUUCCUUGUUUUCAGAUAUUGAUUCACAGAAUACAGAAAUAAAAACAUAAUCGACCAUAAGUAAAGACGUGAUGCUAAAGCUCCUGUGAGGAGUUUUCAGCAGAUGGAAAUGUGUCUUUAUGACCCACUAAAGCAAACCAGACUGUCAGUGUUAAAUUUGGCUCUUUCUGUAUAUUUUUAACUGCAGCAGAGAAAGUGUUGGAUGACUGAACUUAACGGCACGCUACUGAAACCGCUUUGCUUUGCUUUCUCCAAAAACCCUCACAUUCACAAUGAGUAACAUGUUUGGCUGUUAAAAAAGAAGAGAAGUCAGAAAAUCACUUCCUAUUUACGAUUGCUUCAACACUAAGUCCUGUUCCCUGAACCAAAUGGUCCUUGGCUAAGACGCGUUUAUUGAACUUAUAACUUUUUUGGCAAGACCUGCUUCAUUUUUGCCUCAUUAGGCACACUUUCCAGAUCUAAUCCUCUCUCUGUGGGUAAAACUCUAAAUACACUCUCACUUCCUAAAGCACACUUUGCACUGCGGUGAACUGAUGCAUGAUGGUAACCACAGGUGGAUGAAGUGAAACAGAUACAGCAGAGGAGUCACAGUUUAUACACAAAGUUUUAAAAACCGAAAGCACUCGUUCUUAAUGAUUCGAUGAAAGCGAAAUGAGCCAGUUCAGACGGCACACGUGAGUUGAAUGAAGAUAUCUAAAUGGACUGAGAGAGUCUGAGAGGCAGAGGGAGAGAUAUUAGAAGUGUUAGAAGAGUUAGGUUGCUUUCACAUCUGACCAAGCGGACUCGGUUCGAUUGGGGAGCUGAAAGUCACAACAUUGUUGCAUUUAUCACUUGUUUCGGUUCUGCUUUCACACUGUGAUUUCUAAAGCGCACCGAACUUUCCGAGCAGCAUCAUGUGGUUGAAAGUGGCGCUCGUCGAUUGGACAAAGUAGGAGGGGUAUGUAACCUCAGGGAUUACAAACAGGGGUGGACUAGCCGUCUUGUAUUGUGCUUCGUCACAUUAUUUUAUGGAAUGCUACAACGUUAGUGAACGCGACUGUUCCUACAAUUCUAUCGUAGCUUGUCAGGGAUUGAUCCUGUUAUUUUUCUAACUUUGACGAUCUAACAUGUGACAACAUAUGAGCUCAGAGUUUAAGGACUGUGACUGUUGUUAGUUGUGAUUUGAUUUUGUUUAAAUGUAUGAAAUUGUGAAUUUAUGGGUUAUUGUUGUUCAGACAAUUGAGCUAAGCUAGCUAGCAACCGCUAAUGUCAGCGGUCACUUGUUGCCAUAGCAAAAAGGGACGCCGUGCUUCCUCUACCCAAGAUGCACUGUGUAUGCACUGCGUAUAGCAUCAUUACAUACAUUUGGUCCUGUGUUUGGUCCGGUAAGCUUUCACACUGCAUACGAACCGAACCAGGGUUCACCUGCAAGCGAACCAAGACCCACGUUUUCUGGCGGACCAGAGUUCGCUUGUUUGGUCCGCACCAGAGUUUGGACGAGCUUUCGCACCUGCCCAAACGAAGCGGAUUAUCCAAGGAAACGAACUCUGGUCCGUUUAAAGCGGACCAAACAGCUCUGGUGUGAAAGCGACCCAUGACCGUCUCGAGGUUUACCAUCUUUGCAGUGCAUCCUGUUUGUGUAAUCUGACAUUGAGAGACACAGUGUCCGCUGCUGUGAUAUUAUUUUGAUGAAUCAACCCAGUGAAGGUUUGAAUACGGCAAUACUAUGAAGAAAUACAGUAAAUCUUGAAAUUCAAAGUGUAUGCAAGACUCUCUUUAGUGUGAGGAAGAGGAGGAACACGUCUCAGUCUCACUAACUUAACAGCGAUAAGUUUGAAAUUUGUGACAGUAGCUUUACUGUGUGAAUGUUGUAUUGUUUGUUUCUUUACAGGGUAAAAUCAUUGCUAAAGUUGUUUCUCCUUGAGUGUGUGUUUUAUCGCUGACUUGAAGACGAGUACUGCAGGUCAAAGCUUAUUGAGAACAGAGCACUUUUCACUGUUGUUUCUUUCAGUCUGUUGUUAAGCAGCUCUUUCAGGAUUUAGUUUUAGCCAGGAAAGAAAUAAAACAGGUGUGUGUUCCUCUGAGUGUCAGCUUCGGGUUCAUGGUUUAUUUCAGAUUAAGUGUGCGUCUUGCCGGUAACCAUCAGCUGGAAAGUAGACAGCGUCAGAGGAUUUCCCGAACAAACAAAAACAACUUGUCAGCAGCAGUGGGUGGAAGCAGCUAAGUAAUGAGAGGUGAAGACUGUUUAGACCAACAGAUUAUCAACUGGGUGUGGAUGAAUACAAGCCGAACAGCAGAAUGAGUCCAAGAGCACGUUGGAAAAUGUUACUCUGCUUUGAAACAGGACUGAAAGAAUAAAGGAGCUGAAAUGCUCUUCAGUUAAACUUCAUCACAUUAAUGACUCUGACACUAAACAGAGAUAUCAGCAAGGACAUCACACACUCUGACACUCAGAGCAGAGUCUCUGAUGUACUGUUUUACAGUUGCAGGCAGAUAGAUCAUUGAGCGCUCCAGCUAAUUAGUAUGCCAGACACUUUCACAUGCUGUCGGGCACACACACAUGCAUGCACUCUGCAGGCUCUGUCUCUCUCCCCCUUUCUCUCUUUGCAUGUGUGUCUGUCUGUCUGUUUGUCAUGCACACUUUCAUCCAUACUGAGCGACAGUGUAAUCUCAUGCUGCCAUAUGCUUAACACAAGUCAUUAGCAUAGCAGCUGCACCCCGCUAAUUAGCUGCAUUAUUAUUCGUGUGUGUCUGUGUCUCAGUAGUCAGUGGCAAACUGUGAAUUAAACAUGACAACUUUCUCUGUUUGGUAUGCAAUGAUCUCUGUAAUCUGGAUGGACAGACGUGUGCGUGUGUGUGCGCGCGAGUGUGUGUAUGCAUGUGUGUGUUUAAUAUUCAAGCUCAUAUUUCAGGCUGCAGCAAAUAGCUAAAUUUAGUGUGAUUGUUCUUUCCGUACUCAGUGCAGUGAAUAAUAAAUGCUCCUUUGUGUGUUUUCUGGCUUUGCUGGAGUAUUCUGGCCUUGCCUGCUUUAUUCUGCUCUGCAUAUUUUCUAAUAUAUACAGCAGCAUAAAUCUCAUGUCAGCUCUCCUCCAUGCCGUGUUGCUGCCUUGUCAAGCAGCGAGGUUUCUUUCCUGUCAGUAGUGAAGGAUUCUUGCAUCAGCCAGACUACAGCCUACAUUUCACAUUCCCACUGAUGAUUAAUCCCACUCAUUCCUCGGACACAUUUUUAGCCUUUUUUAAGGUUUAAACUUUAUCUUUAGCUCGUAUUUUUGGAAAUACCAUGGGUUUAUUUUCACACAUAUACCAGGGAGUUGCUUUAGAAAUCUGUUGCAUAUGAAAAUUUGAGCGAACAGUGUUUAAGUCUUAUUUUUUUUCUUAAAGAAGGAACACAAAAGACCAAAAACAGGAAGCGAUUUACAUUUCACCUAGAACACGUAGCAGUGGGGGCUAUGAUACUUGUCAAGCUGAAAACACGGCACAGCAGGGAGAGCAGGCUGCUUUCCUCUUCCAGCAAAUCUUUUUUUUUUGGUUAUUAAGGCCAGAGUAGUUUAGGUUGGGAAAUAUCUGGAACGGAGAGAUUUUUUUUUUCGCAUUUUGAAAGCUUUCCUCUCACAUCAUUUCACCCUUCAUCUCAGUGAAACCACAAAUAUGGUGACAAAAACACGACAAAACAGAAAUCCCGAAUCCCCUCAGCUAAGCGGACUUUAUUUAUGAGGCACUUUUUACAGACAAGUCACAAAGUGCUGUACAUGAACAAAUUCAGUAUACUACAGAAACACAGUACAUAAACAGAUACGGCUACACAGUAGACAAUAAUUGUUUGUUUGUUUGUGUGUGUGUUCAGGUAAAGUCCGCUGGCAGGAUUUCGACCAGGAUCUGUAUGUUGGAGCUACAGUCGUCCGGCCAGGUCAGGAUCCAUAUGCCAGGAACAAGUUCAACCAAGUGGAGAGCGACAAACUGCGAAUGGACAGAGCUGUGCCUGAUACAAGACAUGACCAGUAUGUAUAAAAACAUGCAAACACACACACUGAGAUUCAGCAAACUCGUGUCUCUUUAACUGUUAUUACUGUUGCAUGUAUAAUUGCCUGCAUUGUAUGGGUACAUGUCGUCCUUUGCUGUCAGACUGUUUGACUAAUUGGUACAAGCCGGAUAAGAUCUCUUGGAAACUCCCCCUAUUGUGGUCUAUCAGAUGAAAGCAGGAAGUGGCAGCAGAGCAGACCGUUCAUUGUCUGCUCCAUUCAAAGCACAAAUAUCUGCUAAUGGCUGCCCAUUGUCUAGCCUGUUAAUUGAUGAUGAGACAAAAAUAAAUCAGGCACAACAUUGGCCAGUCUCAUAGAUACUGGCCAAUACUUGAUACUGACUAAUAAUUGUAAAGGAUGUGGGUCUAAACGUAAAGUUAGGAUGAAAGGGUUAUGUGUAACACUCACAGGAAGAAACUGGGCUUGAUUGGUGAUCACUGUUGAAAUUCUGGCCCUGCUUCAUUGUUGGUGUGUUUAAGUGAGAGCUUGCUUUCUUACCUGUUAAACUCAAACGAACAUCAGGAAACACACUGAACCUGGUCUCAGAGGAUGUAUCUAUUUCAUCCCUUUGUUGUAGUGAGCUUUCUUUCUGGCAGUGCUUCAAACAGCUCUGAGGAGAGACAGAAGAUUAUGGAGGUGUAUCAUCUCAGGGAUCAUUAUCAGGGUGCUUAAAUCAGUGAAUAACACCAAUAGAUAAAUGGUUGUUACUAAAAGCCAGAGAAAAGAGGUGGGCUUUGAGGUAAGACAGGAGUGAAAAAACAUACUGUGCAAAAUCAGCUCUUUGUACUUUUGGUUAAGAUGUCAGCAAAUGAAACAGGUCCAAACCCAAAGCUUAACAAAACAGGUCUUUCUGGGUCAUUUUGAUUUAGCUGAUGAUAAAAUCUCACAGCACACCCCUCCUUCAUGACCUGGAGAUCUGAGAACUCAUCACGCUGAAACAAGCAAGUUUUCCCCUGUUGAAAGAGUCUGAUGCCUUGGAGCGGUCCUUGGAGCAAAACUCACUGAGGAAAGUUUCUGAAAGAGUUCCCACAUCAAGCUACAAGUUAGUUUGGUAACUUUAGACUCAAAAGCAGGAAAAAUCAGUCAUCUUGUAAAAGCCUGUUAUAGUCUCGUAGGUAGCAGUUUUACUCCUGCAUUACUUGUGUGAUUCAGACAGUGCUCUUUUUUAAAGGUGGUUUGGCCUCACUGUUAUAUUGACAGAACUUAGAAAGCUCGAGCCAUUAGCCUACUAAAAGAGCGGAGAUGUUUUCUCCUAUUGAUCUGCUGCUGGUGUGUCAUUUGCACAGUAUGCAGCAGCCCCGACUAUAAAAGCCGUUCAGAAAAAUACGAGUAUGUUUUUUUAGAAAGAGCCGUCUCAUCUGUGCUCUAUGAACAAGAUCAAAAGAACUUGUGGAUGUGUAGCUUCAAAACACACACACAAUUAUACGCACACGCACGUGCACAUACAUUUACACAGACCUGGAAAUGUACAAGAUUUCACUUCAAGAUUGAUGCAGCUGCAUAUUGAUGUUUCCAGGGGAUGCUGCUCUGACAGGGACAAAAAGACCACACAAAUCAGACACAAAGGCACUUCAAAGAUUGUGCGGUCUGUCCAUUUAUAUACCGUGUGAUUGCACUUCUGUCACACUUUGUGCAUCUCAUGCCUGUUUGACCUUCUUACUUAAAAAAAGCCUUUUAAUUUGCAGGAAAUGUAAUGUCUAUGACGGAUGCAAGUCAUUUGAUUGUAUACACAUAGAGACUAUUAAUGCACAUGUACAGUACAUAGACAGGGUUUAUUAUACAUACUUUACAUCCAUGUGAUGUGUACUGAGAGUUUUAAAACAUAGCAUUAAAAGGAUGGUCAAGAAGCUGCCCUACAUUGAUGAAUGUCCUAUUUCCUCUUCCUCAUCUUCCAUUCGGCUCUUCGUCUCGUAUCGUGUCCUAUCAUGUGUGUUCCUCACACAUAAAUUGGGGUCAGGGAUUGUCUCUUUUGGACACACACACGUACACAACCUGCCUUUUUCUUUUUUUCUUUGGCCCCGUGGUCUGGAAAACCUACUGUGAAUUUAAAUUCCAGCAGAGCAUUGCACAUGAAGUGUAUGUGUAGUGUGUGUAUAAGUCUGCGCAGAAUGGUAAUUUAUUGUGUUUAUGUAUUCAGAUUCAGUUCAGAGAGCGGUUCCAGCUCACAUAUUCAGCUGUGCGUUUAUGUGAGUAGAAGUGUUUGAGCAUGUGUGCGCUCGUACACAUGAGGGCACUAGUAAUUUCUCUUUUUGCGCUUUUCUGUGGUCUCUGUGUUUUUAAUAUCUGCUCUUUUUGUGUGUGUAGUUGCAGACAUAAACAGUGGAAGUCAGAGCUGCCAGCCUCCAGUGUCGUCAUCACCUUCCACAAUGAAGCUCGCUCGGCUCUGCUGAGGACUGUGGUCAGGUAAGUCAAUGGUGUGUGGGCACUUAACCUCAAAAUUCUUUUAUUGAUAUGACGGCUCACAGUCUGUUCUGAAAAUAGUAUUAAUCAUGACGUUGUUCCUCCUUUUUUUUCCCCCUUUUUUAGUGUCCUGAAGAAAAGUCCUGCUCAUUUGGUCAAAGAGAUCAUUCUGGUGGACGACUACAGUGACAACCGUAAGUAAAGAUUAAUGACCCAUGUGUAAAUUCUUAUGAAAUGUGUGUUUCAUCUUUGUGACGUCUGCUUUGUGUGUGUGUUUCAGCUGAGGAUGGAGCUCUGCUUGGGAAGAUAGAAAAAAUCCGUGUGUUGAGAAACGACCGCAGGGAAGGUGAUAACAAGAAGAAAUUAAAAUUUCAGACACAUAUGUAGAUACUGUGCAGGCUGUUUUAUAUCAAUUUGAAGUUUAAUGAUGUGUCUUUUCUACUUCUCUCAGGACUGAUGCGCUCAAGGGUGCGAGGUGCAGACGCUGCCACAGCACCGGUCCUCACCUUCCUGGACUCUCACUGUGAAUGUAAUGAACACUGGCUGGAGCCGCUACUAGAGAGGGUGGCAGAGGUAAACACACCUUUAUAGAUAGUGUAUUAACAUAUUUGUUUACAAUCUAAUAAAAACACAAAAACCACAAGAAAAAAAGUUCAACCACGAAAAAAAAUCCCAAUACAGUCAAAGAAUUUAGUAAGUGCAAGUUAAAGACACUGCAAGCUGAGGAGCUUGAAAAAAUCAUUGUGGUUUGGCAUCAAACACUUUGAGAUGAAGUUCUCCAACUUGUUUUGACAGUGACAGUGGUCAGACUAUUUUUGUCAUUCUUGUUUUAUUGUCUUAAUCCAUGAGAAAAAAAUGAAAUAUGUGCUUGAAUUUCCCCCUUGAGGUUACAGAAACAUGAAGACCCCAAAGUUUGGCAUUGUAAGAAAGGCUAAAAGGAAAUAUAAAUAAAUGAGUUAAAUAUAAAAGAGGAAAAACAGAAACUAGAGCACUAAAUAGAAUUAUAUUAGGGAAAAAGGAAAUAUUUACACAAAGUAGCAGAAAGAUGAAAUAUCAUGAUUUUCCCCAAUUGUGAAGAAUCCAUUUUUCUGACCUCAACUAAGUUUAUUUUUUACCAUCAACCUAAAAUGAUAUACACCUGAUCCAUCCGUUCAUCUCCAUUUUGUGGCUAAGAACUGAUAGUGUAUCAGUGAUCAGUCUCUAUUUUUUAUAUCUUCACAGGAGAGUCGGUAAAAUAAUUUGAUGUUUUUAUAGAAAUAAACAUGAGGAUCUGAAAUCUGAAAUUUCAAAGUGAAGAUUUUGGUCAGACAUGGCUACCAGUGUUUUUUCUCCAUGGUAUGUGGGGAAGUUUCAGUAACUAACCUAUGUCCUCCAUAAAGAGGUUAAAGGUCAGCCACAAAACACUCCAGAAACACUACAGGAGUCAAUGGUGACUGUAAAAAUGAUGUAAAAACAGCACGUGGACAGUAUAAGCCGCUCAAACAGUAUAUUUUUACAGGAGCAGUCUUUUACAUUUGUUUUUCUGGUCUAAAAAGCUUAAAUGGUUACUUUCUUUUAUUUAAAGAAAAUUUGCUGCUGAGGUUAAAAAAAAGUGAAGAGUCCAUCAGAAGUUUCCUGAAUAAAGUUCAACUUUCCCCCUUUCUAACCACAGUAAGCCCUCAGACCAUCCCUAAACAUGAAGUAAACCUCAUGACAGAUGAAGUGUGUGUUGAUAUUUACAGUGAGGUCUGUUUGCAUAGAGAGAGAACUUCUUGAUUCAAUUCAAUGUCAGUAUGAAGUGCUGUUUGUAAAAUGGAGGUCAUCCUUUAAAUAUUUAUUCGAUAACUUCUCAUUCUGCGUUUGAUCCUCCCAAAUGUGGCAUUUUGUCAUUCCCCAGUGAAUAAACGCCUGGAGCCAAAUCUGAAACAUUUUUCUGUCACGGUAAUUGACUUAGCGUUUCUUACUUUGCUUCAGAACAUUUCUAAAUAAUAAAUCACUCAGUGAGAGAAAGAUGAAUGCAGUCUGUGUGGGUGAAAUCUCAUGUUUCAUAUCAAGUUGUUUCAGCACAAAACAAAUAAACACAGUCAGUACCGCGGGGGCUUGUUUCUGUCAUUGUCAUUCUGGCCACUUGAGUAAUCCUCUCUCUAAACUACAGUAUGACACCACUUUGAGGGUUUCAGCUCUGCUUUUGAUCCACGAAUUGAUUUACUUUCAGCUCUGCUUUAUAAAUACAAAGAAAGUAAAAACUGAUCGUAUGAAUCACUGCUCUGAAAGUUGUAUGUUCUUAACAACAAGCAAGAUUUCCUGUUUUUCCCUUUACCAGCAUGACAGGAGCUAAAAAGUUCUCACUGGUUGUUUUGCUUCCUCCUUCUUCCUCAGGAUAAAACCAGAGUAGUUUCUCCAAUCAUCGAUGUCAUCAACAUGGACAACUUCCAGUACGUGGGAGCCUCAGCCGAUCUGAAAGGAGGUAUGGUCAACAUGUAGGCCGCUGUUUGGUUACCAGCAGUAUUGGAUACUGUUGUUCUGUUCUGCCACCAAGCUCUCUUGUUUCUUUCCUGUUUUCACUUAAGGAAGCUCUUGUUGUUUCUCAUCCAAUCAAGCUCUCUGCCAAGUAUAAACCCAGCAUGUUUAGUUUUAUUGGGCACAAACUGUGUUUUGCUCACUCUGUACUUAUUUCUAAAUGGAUUAUAGAUAUGUCGUGCAUUCAUACUGAUACAUUAGGUAUGCAUAGAUACAUUUAUAAUAUAAAAUUAAAAGUUUGUUGGGCAUGGUUUUGACUGACAUCUGUUCACAUGCCUAGUAUCCUUACUUUUAAAUACAGAACAUUUCAAUGUUCAGUCUAUAUUAGUUAAUAGUUUAAAAUAGAGGAACCUUCAUCAACCAUUAGAAAAUUGAAUUUCUAUUCGUAUGUUGCAGUGUUAUUGAAGUUGUCAUUUCCCUUUAGUCCUCUCUCAUUUCAAUGAAUUCAUGUCUGUUAAAAUAUUAAAACUGUUGGAUAUAUAAUAUAGGUUUAGGCUGAUUUAAAAACUGUGAAAGCUGCCAUGAGCAGUCAUGAAAAUUACUGUAUCAUUAGUGUCAUUCUAUGAGCUACAGAAACGAAGACGCCCAUAAGAAACAGUUUUUUUAGUGACCAGAACUGCAAGUAAAGGAAAGGUGUCCACAGGAGGCGCCAAAACCAACACGAACUUGAAAAUCCUCACAGCAGUUUUAACAUAUUGAAAUAAAAACAAUAAUUUGAAUGUUAUCUUUCUGUUUGUGAGUGAAUCUGUGUGUUUUUGACCCACACUUAAAAAACGAACAUCCUUAUGUCCUCUGCGGUUUCCUGGGUCGGUGUGUAGCGUAAAUUUGCACACCUACACACGUCAUUUCAGGUUUCAGGGGUGACCUCUCUGAACACAGACAAACAAGUGAAAGCAGACAGCUGCUGAUGUGUCCAGACACCUAAUGUGAACCUGCCAAAUCUAAUUACGUAACCAGUCUGCUACUUAAUCCCAAAUUAUGGUCCUGAUGAUGGUGUUGUUUGUCCCCUGUCUGCUUAUUUCGGCAGGUUUCGACUGGAAUUUGGUGUUCAAAUGGGACUACAUGACCUUGGACCAGAGACGAGCUAGACAAGGCAAUCCCAUCGCCCCCAUAAAGUGAGACAGAUUAACCCCCACAUCCACUCAAAUGAUCACACACAUAUGCAACACCCUUUUGUUUGCCAGUUUGCCUCCAAGUACUAAUCUAAUUCUUUCUCCCUGCCUCCCUGCAGGACUCCAAUGAUAGCAGGAGGUCUGUUCGUCAUGGAUAAAGAGUACUUUGAGCAGCUGGGGAAGUACGACAUGAUGAUGGAUGUGUGGGGAGGAGAGAAUCUGGGUGAGUGCUGCACAGAUUCACAAGAGUCAUGGUUGAGCUCAAAAGUUUUACAACAAAAGAAACUUGACACUCAACUUUACAAUGUUAUUUAUCUUAAAACACGCUACUGCUUUCCCUUCACCUGGUUAUCUGCCUCUUGAAGCUUCUUUGGUUAAAUGGUGGUAUAAGGCUCGAGGUAGCUUGGCAUUGUACAAAGAUGGGAAUCGAGAGGAAAUAGUUGACCUUCCUUUAAAAAAAAAAAAUCCCUCCCUGCAUGUGUCUCUAGAGCUCACUCAUCUUGUUUGUUUUAUCUGAUCAAAACAGACAUAAAAAUACCAACUUGUGAUUUUAAAUUGGGCUGUUUACCUCAUUAUUUCCCAGUCCAGGGCUGCCGGGUGGUGUUUGUUACCUUUGGACAAAGUCAUUCGUCCUUUCAUUUGAGGCCUCUGUGCUCACAAAGCUUCGCUGUCUGUUGCCUCAUCUUUAAAGACAUCCAGAUGUCUGUAGAAUGAUUGCCUCAUCUAAUUCUCCAAAUAAAAUGCAAAAUGUAGAACUCCUUAUUCCAGACUGUGUAUAUAAAGUGGAUGUAGCCACCAUGUCUGGGCUUCACAUUUUGACUGAAUCAUUUUUAGAAGCCUUGAGUUCAGUUUUUGGCUGUUGGCUGCAUGUGUUGUGAAAUCAGUAACCAUAUUUAAUUAAGAAAAAAACAGGGUGGUUACUUCUGAUGAUGUCUCUUUGACUCUUGUUGACUGGAAGUUGUGGUGGUAGCUUGUCAAUCAUUAGAGGCCAUGCCACAAAGCAUUAAACAUCAUCACCUGUGUUUCUCUAAAUGGGAUCGUGGUUUACUGAAUAAAUGUCAAACAGUGUUUCAGUAGAAGAGCAAUGUUCACUGAGGUUUUAAAUCAACCAAGAGUUUCUUUUCUGAUUUUACACAGUUUGUCUUCUUGGAGGCAUUGUCACUGCCCCCCACUGGCCAUUACAAAAACUGGAAGUUCAAAGGUCAUGUGAAGGGUUUUUAACUGAGGUUUCACUUUACAUUCAGAUGUUUCCAAAAUCAAGACAAUCCAGAAAUUCCUCACAGCAGCUUUAAGACACUUUCACGCUGAUUCCAAUUUUGCGCAAGAGGCCAUUUCCUCUUCUCAUAUAAAAGUCAAUUGUCUUGAACCUGUAAACAUAUGUAGUUCCCUUUUUUUCCAUCAUGUGUUUGCUGAAGUGCAAAAUACAAGAUUUCUGCUCACUCACCAAAUCUUAAAUCUCUUAUACUUGAGUGAGCACAGAUGAUGUGUUUCAUGCUUUGUUCAGCUCAUGAUCUCAUUCAGAGUUUCGGUGCCAAGAACAGAAGAUCCAGCGGUGGUCGUUUCUGAAUCAAAGAGUCUCUUAGAUGACAGUUGAUCUCAGAAAAUUACUGUGAUAAUGUGAUAAUGAUCACAGUCAGUGUUGAGUGAAGAUAACUGUAGUGUACACAAUGGAGAUCAUUUGCAAACAGUACAAUGAUAUAAUAACAGCUGUGCCUCCCUGAUGCUUUUGUCUGAAUUCACUUGGGAAGUCUUUUGAGAAUAAACAGUGAUUCACGCCUCUCUGAAGACAACACAGCGAUUCAGAACUGGAUCAACAAUUCAGACUCAGAGUCAUAAGUGUUCUCAUAUAGAAAAUACUAAAAUCCAGGCAUCACCAGAGUGGGGGCUUAACAAAAAACCAACACUCUGAAAUCAUUCAUGAGACAGAUCGCAUCUCAGAUGAUCGUGAAAAACAACUGUGGCAUUUUUUACACCAAGAGCUUGUUGGAUCUGACCUGUGUGUGUGUGUGUGUGUGUGUGUGUGUGUGUGUGUGUGUGUGUGUGUGUGUUUGUUUAUUGCAGAGAUCUCAUUUCGUGUGUGGCAGUGUGGUGGAAGUCUGGAGAUCAUCCCCUGCAGCAGAGUUGGCCACGUCUUCAGAAAACAACAUCCAUACACCUUCCCAGGGGGCAGUGGGACUGUGUUUGCAAGGUAACACACACACACACACACACACACACACACACACACACACACACACACACACACACACAAACAUAUAUAUAUUUAUAAACUUGCACCAAAAAAAGUUUAGCCCCAAACCUCACAUUCAUUUCUCUUUCUGGACCCGUUCCUUGUUCCCACUAAUUGCGUUGUCUCCAGCAGUUAUCUCUUCCGUAUGUGUUAAUUACAGGCUCUGCUCAAGGGGCAUUAAAUAUUGACACUUUGGCAUACACUGUAUCUAUGUUGGCUUAUUAUUUUGACCCAAAACAAGUUUUCUCACCACUGCCAAGUAGCUUUGGUGCCAAACAUAACAAACUGUGACUUACUGUAAUUACCUCCUGUCAUAGUUUGUUUUUGCAUGUUUUUGGACCUUCCCAUUAGAGUUAUCUUUAUUGCUAACCCUGGCUCAGCUGUUUGUGUUGUGCAUGGUUGCUGUAAAAUAAACUAAUAAACUUAACUAAACUAGGAGGCCUUCUGGCAUUAGAAAAUGAAAAUUCAGUUUGGUGCUUUCUGUGUCUGUGUGGGAGGCUGACAAACCAUGCAAACGGCUGGUUGACAAAGACAAAAACAAGUCAACAGUUGGUCAAGUUAGUUUUCUGCAUAGUGUUGUUUUUGUGGUUUUAUCCAGGUCUUUUUGUUAAGGAUUAUAUGAGAAUUUAACAGAAUAUCAGAAUAGUUCUUUGAGGUAAAAUUCAUCUUAAACUUCUUAAACUAGACAAGCUUCUGUAAGGAUCUUCUCCUCACCUUUAAAGCUGUACAGUCUUACUGCUGAUCACUGUAACCUUAGCGGAUAUCUCACGUAACAUUUUGUUCAUAUAUUUUACAUCUAUUCCGACAGUUCCUGCUUCUGUGGGACUUAUUGUAAUUAUGAUUGUCUGGUAAUGUUUUUCAUUUGGGCCAAUUACCUCCUUUCAAAGCUUUCCUUUAAUGUCGAAAUUAUUCAUCAUUUUGUAUCAAACACAGUUGCAAACACUGUAAAUAUAAAUUAUUAAGUUUAACUACAGUUUUGGGAAAUAAAGUGGGGCUGGAUAAUUAAAAGUGAGCGCAGACUAUUAAAAGAUAAUAAGACCAUAAUCUCAGGGUUUAACAGGCUUCAGAUUUAGAGAGAAAACUCCUUUUAUAAAUGGAAGAUCUGUCAGCUGAUAUAUGUAACCACAUAAUCACUGAGUGAACAUCAACAAUGGGAAACAUGAUAUAUGGAAAGAUAUGGAUCUCGGCUCUGAAACAGUCUCCAACCACAAGAAUCCAACCCUGGAAAAGAGCCUGACAAACCCUCAAAGACCUGAUUAACAACUUGAACAAACACAUGGCUGUGGUUUCUCUGGACAAAGACAGAAAUAAAGGACAUGUUCAACCAUCCUUUGGAGUAUUUGUGGAAUCAGCCCAUCGUUUUUAGAUGCUAUUGUCUGUCAGUGUCAUUCUGGGUCGCUGAGUGGUAUUUGUGAUGCCUCUUCAAAGACAGAUCCAGUCUGCCAGCUGCAGAUGACAAAACACAAAAGUAAACGCUCCAACAGGAAUGUGGAAAAUAAAAGAGAUUCAAGUCCCAUGAAUCUCAAUUAAAAUCAGAAACUUACUUAGCUUUCAUAAAUAGUGAACAUUAGGUUGCAUAAUGUUAGCUGUAGAUGUGAUGUGAGAGUAGCAAAGAGGGAAUAUGGUGUACAGAACGUGUCUGUCAGUUACAUAAAAAUUUCAACAGUCUCAAAGUACUAGUUGCAUAAUCCUCUCUAACAAUUCAAGAUAUCAUUUAUUAAUUUAAAGUCGAGGAAGUAUUCUCAUGGAUCAGCUUCAAAUAUAGAGACUCAGCUUAAUUUGUACGUGGAGGUUCAGAGACUCGGUACAUCAUCCUGCCCUUCAGUCUGAGUAAAGUCCCAGAUACCCUUUCAGUGCCUGCUGCCUGUGACCCUGGGGAGAAACCAGAGAGUACUUGUUUUGUCUGCUCGGAUGACUUUAUAAUUGUUCAGGGAGCAGCAGUCCCCAAAUAUCUAACUUGCAUAAACUAGCCAUGUCUGAACGUACUAUUAAUGUUAACAAAAGCCUCUUUGGCCCACAUUUGGAGCUCCUUACAGUGCUUUGUCUCUGCUGCUGCUGCUGCUGGGGUGCACAUGCAUCAAGAUGAAACACAGAGAGGUUAGCAGAGGCCAAGCUGUAAAAUGUAGUAACAAUAAAUGAUAUGAUAGUUCUGAAAGAUAUGUAAUGUGGCCUCCAAACUCUGAAUUUGUGUUCCGUGACCUUUAUAUUUCACUGUUGUUGGGCUUCAGUUUAAUAAAUAAAAGUGUUGCAAUCUGACAAGUCCAGGAAUACUUAAGCAGAGUCCUAUUUUAAGAGGAACUACUCAUUGUGGUUUAAAAACUGGGGCCUGUUCUGCUCAUUUCGAAAGAAUAAAUGUGAAACUUCAGUCAGUAAUUUAUCCAGUAUAUCCGUACACACUGCAAUGAGAUAGCACUACCCUGCAAAAGACUCUAUAAAAGUGAACAUGACCCCUUUAAAUGUCAGCAGGUGGUUUGUGCCAUUUUGAAGCCUUUGGUUUGACUGGUAAUUCACUCCUAUAGUUACGGAAAAGUGACCAUAUUUAGACAUUAGUGUGAAGCUGGGGAGGAAUCAAAGUUGCCCAGCAUGUGCUGAUGGUGUAUUAGCCACUUAAAUACUAUGUUUCUCACAGAAUUACAUUUCACUUGUGGUGGUAGAUAUUGGGUAGAGUUUGAGGCUCAUGACAGAGUCUCCACUUGCUCACAGACUGUAUGUCACUGGUGGUAGAGUAAGUAGCGGGUUAGAUGGUCUUUCAAAUUCGUAUAUGUGUGCCCCAAAGUCCCACUGCUGAGACCCACCAAAAGGUCAACACAAAAAAAUCAAUGUACGGCGCACACUGUACAAGCUCACAACCCACAGCAUGAUGUUGAAAUGUUAAUCCUUAUUCACUCAUGUAAAAGCUGGUGCACACACUUCCUGUGGAUAUGUUAAUGCAAUUAACUGCAAAGACAGCCACAUGUAUGAGUGAUGAUUUUUUUUUUUUCGAUGUUAAUGGUCCAAAAGGGUACCAACACCACAAACAUAAUUGAGAUGUCAAGUGCAGUGAUUGGAUUUCACUGAGGUGACACCCAGCAGUCAGCAAGUGGAACCCAGCUGUCACUCAAAGCAGUCAUCCUCCUGGUUAUGCACAGCUUUCUUCUAAUACAACAGGACUGGUCUUAAAAGAAUCCACCCCCUAUGAAGAGAAGAUGGUUUUUGAAUCAGGCUGUUUACAUUUGUGCUAAAUUCUAACAUGUUGAGUCUUGGCUAUGGCUCAUUUGAGUUGGUUGUUUCUCAGUCAGUCCUCAGCUCCUGCGGUCACAUGCUAUGGUGUCCUUAAGACACUGAACCCUUAAUUGCUCCCAGUGGCUGAGUGUGAUUGUGUGUGAAUGGGAUUAGUUAGAACUGAUGGGGACUUAACAUAGCAGCCUCAACCGUCGCUGUGAAUGUGUGUCAGUGGCUGAAUGUGACUGGUAGUGCUUUUAAUGGUCUCAAGAAGACCAGAGAAAGACAUUAUUGAAGUGCAAGUCCAUUUACAAUGAAGAGAGGCAUUUCCAUAUCAGGCCUGAUGAGAACUGACUACAUUCUCUGGAACUCCUGCAUUUGGUUUGUUGUUGCUUUUCCAAAUAAAGGUUUCAUUGUACAGGAAGGCCAUCAGGGUAGAAAGUACUUAGCUAUAUAAAACGAACUUUGUUUGACUUUGACGCCUGCAGACACAACAUCAGACUAAAUGAAAAAAUGUUAUUGACCAUCAUGUCAAUACGCAUGCACUCACUAACUCGUGCUCAGAGUGCAGUCGCUGUAAAGAUGAACACAGUCACGCUAACCUGUUUAACCAGAAGAACUCUGCCCUCUACUGGUGGAACAGAUACAUGAACAUCUCAGAGGUGAGAGCAGGAAAGAGUUUGUGCCUUUUUUUUUUUUGGUCUUUUAGCACCAUGUCUUUGCCAACACACACGCACACACGCACACACACACGCACACACAUACACACACAUUUCAACUCUGAAAAUCUGAAAAUGGAAAUGACUGGUUAUGUCUGGGCACAGCUUGGAUGAAACAUUGGUACAGUCUGCCACAUCUAUAAUCCUAAAUCUGUCCCUGUGUCCCUUUUCCUCCGUCUCUCUGUCAAUGUCUCACUCUGUUUGUCACUUCUCUCUCUCUUUUUCUCUUUCUAUUUCUCUCUCUCUCUCUUUCUUUUUUUUGUUCACCUGCUCUUUUAAAUAAAUAAUGUCUCCUCUCCUCUGUCUCCUACCACACCUCUCCUGCUUUAAUAUCUCCCUUUCCCUCAACCCUGACUCAUUGUUUUUUUCUUUCUUUCACUUUUCAUGCAGGAACACGAGGAGAGCGGCAGAGGUGUGGAUGGAUGAGUUUAAAAACUUCUACUAUGCUGCUGUCCCCUCAGCCAGAAAUGUCCCGUAUGGAAAGUGAGUACCAUGAAGCCCUGCGUAGGUCACACAGCAUUAAUGUAGCGAGAUCAUAAAGUUACAGAGGCAGCCAAAUGAAGAGGCAUAUUAAUUGGAUUGUCAAUUAGCAGCAUGUCAGCUAUACAGAAGUCAGUUACCCAUUUUAUAUAUGUGACAUCAGGCAGUUAAUGUGGCUUAAAAAAGGGCAAAAAGUCAGUGCCUGAUUUGCACUGAUCCAAAGGCUGCCAUAAUUUCUGACAUGCGGAAGGGAUUAGUGUUAGAUUAUGAUGGCGUGCGUCAAAGUAGAGGAACACGAUGAACCGAAAUGUCAUUUGUUUAGAGAAGAGGAGGGAUCAGAUGGCAAAGUGCCAAGAAUGAGGGUGGAAAUACAGGCAGGACUUUUCAUAAAUAUUUGACACCUAAAAUUGAGAUCAUAAGCUUUAGGUUUGUGCUUAAAGUCAAAAUACAGAAAAAUUUAAAAGAGGAAAUAAAUUGCAGUGAAGCUUUUAUAAGCCUUGUUUUUGUCUCAUGCAUUGCCUGUAUAUAAAGAUAGACAACAUAUCUGAUUCCUGCCAUUUUGCAAAAGGAAUGCAUCCCUUGACGAGUCCUGCAAUACUGUUACCUGUCUUCCUGCAGCACCCUUUUAACUAAUCUGUUGCAUUUAGCGCAGCAGGAGCUACAUUUGUCAACAGUUUUCAGUCACAGCUGAAUGACCACAACCUCAACUUCUCAGAAAGUUAAGAUUUAAAAACAUGAAUAAGUUUGAUAAGAACUUUUGAGAAAGAUGCCGCAUUUGAAAAAAUAUAUUUGUGUGUUGUUUUUAGUUUGACCAUGCCCCUCCUGUAAACAUUGAGGAGGUGGGCUUUAUGACUUAUACUGCAGCUGAUCAGAGAGAGCUCCAGAUGUUUUGGUUUCACUUUAUUAGAGCUGUCAUGUCAUCCAUCUUUUGGUACUAAUGAAGAAAUGUUAACAUGCUAACUAGCUAAAGAAACUGUUGCUUCCUGAGCCUAAACGCAGCAUCUCAGAGCUGCUAGCAUGACUGUUCUUUUGUGUUUAUAAAUGAAGAUUGUUUUGAUGAAAAGUUUAGUAUUCAGGCGAUCUUCAUGUCUUCCAUGUUUUUGUUCCUUUUUAACACAAUAUGAGCACUGCUUAUAGCUUAUUCAUACUUUUCUACUAUUCUGAGAAUUGGCAAUGCAGCAAUCAGCUUUUUAACAUUCAUUCUGUGUCCUGACAAAAUGCUUAUUAUGUGACCUUGUGGGAGCACUCUUGGCCUCCCUCUCCAGUGCCAGCCUAAGCAUUUAUUUUCCUCUAAGGAUGCAGCCCUAUGUCUCCACUGUCUGCCCUCACAGGCGGUCAGAGUAUGAGGGCAGUGAUUCAAUCAAUGUCAGGAAACGUUUCAGAACUACAACCAUCCAAUCCUCUAAUACUCCUCCAUCUCUCUCUGUCUCUCAGCAUCCAGAGCCGACUGGAGAUGAAGAAGAGAUUAGGCUGCCAUCCCUUCAAAUGGUACCUGGAGAAUGUCUACCCCGAACUACGGUGAGGAAAUGAGGGUAUUUCACAUAAUGUGUUAGGGUAUAUGGUAAGACACAAUAAUAGUACGUGAUGAACUUUAACUACUCACAACUCCCACCUGAAGAGUUGCUGUUAUAAAAUCACUGCUCUGCUUGUAGAAACAGUGUGACUCUGAUCUAGCUUGUACUUGGUUUAUUGUUAUGAACUUGUAGAUUUCAUACAACCAUCAUAGAGUGUAAAAAAAAAAACUUUUAUAAAACUAUGCCUUUGUUUUGUUAGAGUCCCAGAUCACCAGGAC